CUCUCAUCAGCUGGUGGAAGCGCUGCUUUGGCAGGAGAUGGAGCUGCCCUGACCCUGUGCCAGUCACCCUGGAGGCAGGUAAGCUCUGUAGCCAUGUGUUGCUCCCAUACUGUGAUAGAUGAGGGCAGUGAGGGCUUGGGUGCUCCCCUGGUAGGAUGUUAGUAAAUAGGCUGAGGAUAAAUCAGAGAUAUACAGCGCCCAUUACACCCAUGCCAUAAACCCUCUCUCUGUAUUUCAGCAUCUUUUAAUAAUCCUGGUCACUUCGCCAAUCCGCAACAAAUUGUGUAAAUAAAGAGAGUUUUUGGCCUCCCAUCAGUACAUCUUCUCAGCAGCUCGACUGAUGUAUUAUUACAAAUCUAAGAACCUUCUUUUCAGCCUGAUUUUCUAACUGUGUGGAAAUUUAUGGACCAACCCUCCCUUCCCCAAGAAGCAUGCCAUUGUAAAUCCUUGUUUUCCGAAACGUGGGGGGUUUAAUUUUUUUUUUUUUUAAAUUUAUUAUUAUUAUUUUUUAUUUCUCCCGAGGAUUUAGCAUUGACAGUUACUGUUCACUACAAUGCUAAUUAUGCUGACUGUGCGUGAUGGGAGUUGUAGUGUAAGAAAACGGGCAUCUGGCUGCUUGGAACUGAAGUUACCCCAUCCAUUAAAGUCCUUAUUUCGACCUCAUAAUAUAAUAUUUUGCCUGCACAUAUUCAUAGAACUAGUAAUUUUAUGCUUCAUAUAUGUUUAAAAAGACUUUAUUACCUUCCAAGUAUAUUUUGUUUUUGCCAUUCGCUGGGCCAUUCGAAGCUUAAGGGUUAAAUUUACAGUACAGAUUGAAUCAACAAUCAUAAGUGAAGCAAGAUCAUACAAAUGUAGUAGAAAAAAAAAUAUAUAGAAAGAAUUCAGUUACCCUGCCACAAAUUGCAAAUGUACAUCUGAAAGCCAUCCAGAUCUAUAAAUAUUUCCCACAAUUUCUUCGUUCAUAUGAGGUUUUGUGUUUUUUUUUUCCAUCUUACAUCUGUUUCUCAGAUUCCUAUUAUAGCUCUUUUCCUGUCCAGCAAAUGCUAACCCCCAUCAGAUCACACACUGAUUUGGGCAAAACUGGUACUGCAGCUUCUGUCUGCUUAUGUUUCCUCCAAAGAAAGCACCCUACCCAAGCCUUGGCUGUGCAGAUGUUUAUAAACUUGAAUUAUCAUGAUGCUUGGCCAAACCAUGAACUGGCUAGUUAUCAUAGUUGAUUUAGUUUACAAUUAGGCUGAAAUGUUGGGAAAUACUGUUAACACACCUCUGCAGUACCAAUGUUCGCUAUCAUUGCCCACAUAAAUUCAUACUCCAAGCAUGUACUAGCAACCUUACACCCACACCUGCGUGGGUGCUAAGUCAUUUUGGAAAAUGUACUUGACAACAGCUGGAAUGCCAAAGGUUAGCUAUCACUGGUUUGAGCCAUGACAACAUAGCUGUGAGAUUGCUUCAAGUCUUAGUUGUUAAGUGCUCUUUGGUAAAUCCCUUUACACGUUUUAGGAUUAUCCCUAUGCUUAUCUGUAUUAAUUAACCUAUAAUGAGGUGUUUUUUCUCCUUCGUGAUUUUUGCUAGAUGCUAAAGAGACAGCAAGAGGCGACAAUACAUUUUGAAUAAAAAAGCAAGCUUUGCUCAAAUAAACCGGUUUUCUUGCGUAGGCAUCAAAGGAUGUUAGAGAGGGAAAAAAAAUGUUUUUAUCUACCUGGAAAAUUGUAAAUGUUCAUUGUACUCUACCUUCUUAAAUAGUUCAUUAUAAUUGUAUGGUUUAGAAUUCUGAGUAAAUUAAUGCAAAUUGCUGUCCUUAUAUUCAAAAGACUGAAAUGCAAAAAUAUUUUGUGAUGCAGUUCGGUAUUUGUGAUACAGUAUAGUAUACAAACACACUGCUCAACCAUUUAUAUCUACUGUAAAGGCUCACAAUUUUCAUGGCGUGGUUGAGAAAAGUGCAAAUAUUGUAAGACUUGGUGUAUGUAAUCCUCAACUAACUAGGCUUCAUGGAUUUUGGCGAAAUUGGCAAGGCUUUGAUUGGUUUAGUGCAGUGAUGACAAACCUUUUUAAAUGUAAGUAAGUGCCUCUCAGGCAUACAACAAGACCCAGACCCAAUUUUAUAAGUUUUUGUUACUUUAUUGCCACAAUUUCUGUUAAAGUUCCCCUUCUGUCCUCUUGUAAUUCACUCCUCCCCUUCCUGAUAUUUGUAUUCUGUUACUUUUCCCCUCCGUAUAUAGCUCCUCUUAACCACUUAACUCAUAGCUCUAAGUCCCCACUCCACCAUUCUUUCAAAUUAGUUUUUUUUUUUUUCUCUCUCUCUGUCCCUAACACGUCUGUCUUCCACUUCUGUAUAAGACCCCCUUUAACAUCCCCUUCUCUUACAGUUUUGCAGUUCUAUUUCAGUGCUCACUCUUGCCCCUUUCCAUAUCUGUAUACAUCACUCACACAGUCCACAAUAUAUUCUCAUCUUCAAAGAAGUCUCCACUCCCACUACAACAGUAUCUUUCUCCCACAUCAUGUCAGUCCUCUUCUUUCCCAUGAAAUUGGUUAUUUCCACAUUAGUCUGUCGGUCCUAUUUCCUUCAUAAUAAUAGCCCUCGUCCUGAUCCCACUAUUUAUGUUUGCAUACUUUCUUCCACUGAUAAUACUGGCUACCACACUCACUCUUUUCCAUUCUUCCCAUGUGGGGUUUAUCCCCUUUUGUUUACUUGGCACAAUGCUUUAGGACAGUGGUAGGCAACCUUCAGCACUCCAGAUGUUGUAGACUACUUCUCCUUUGGUUUGCCAGCAUUCUGACUGUAAGAGUAUUAUGGGAGAUGUAGUCAACAACAUCUGGAGUGUCACAGAUUGCCUACUCCUGCAUUAGGAUGUCCUGUUUUUAUAGGGUUUCAGGAUCGAUGCAACCCUAUAGGCAAUAGAAAAUGACCAAAUAAUGACCAAAGAAAAAAAUUAAAUUUAAAAAAAAGUUACCUGCGCUCUCUCCUUAAUCCCUAUGUAUAUUUAGACAAUCCUUCCAAUGUCCAUUGGAGUAAAUAAAUUACCUCUAUUUGUCUAAAUAUACAUAGGAGAGAGCGCAGGUAUUUUUUACUAUAUAUUGGGGCUGAUGUGUACUUUGGUCGUUGCUGUCGCCCAGGAGUGAUGGAAGUGAGCGCUGGACUUAUCUUUUUGUAUUUGUAAACACUGCAUGGUAGACAUAGCAAUCUGACAUAGUUUUGCGAUUGCUAGAUUAGGGCAUGAAUUUUACAUUCUGGUUCAGAAAUGCAUUUUAUGAUUAUUCGCAUGUACUGUUUUGCUUUCAUAAACGCCGCCUGACUGAGAGGAUGAGUGCAGGAGGAUUUUCAUUUCUCCUGGCUAUUGUACCAUAUGCCAGCUUAAACCUGUUUAUAACAAUUGCGAGCUCGUUAAUUAUGCUGUCCGUAAAAGAGGUGGCUGCGGAUUAGUCUGAUGGAAUCUGCAUCAUCUGCUUUUAAUCAUAUUAUGACACUUAUAAAUUCACAUCUACUUGUAGCUAUGUUAUCUGGCUAGUGGAUUUUUGAUCUACUUUCAUUUUCCUGAUCAAGUAAUAAUACCGUUUUUUUUGUUCAUGAAUAUUGUUUCCACUGAGGAAUCUGAAUAAUUUGUUUAUUUUUCUAAUCGUGCGGUGUGGACAGACUUACAAAAUUUAAGCUACAACAGCUCAGAUGAGAAUAUCUACCACUUGGUUCAAUUUCAGUUUUUUACCAACCGGUUAUCAACUUUAUUUUUGUGAGUGUCUGUUACAUAGCCGAAAAGAGACUUGCGUCCAUCAAGUUCAGCCUUCCUCACAUAUGUUUUUGCUGUUGAUCCAAAAGGAGGCAAAAACCCAGUCUGAAGCGCUUCCAAUUUUGCAACAAACUAGGAAAAAAUUCAAUCUUGACCCCAAAAUAGCAGUCAGAUAUCUCCUUGGAUCAAGCAGCUAUUACCCCACUGAUUAGAAAUUAUAUCCCUGUAUGUUAUGUUUUUGCAAGUAUUUAUCCAAUUGCAGUUUAGAACAUUGUCACACAACAAUUGUAUUUCUGUCUUGUAUUAUCCUUGAUGUCUUCAUGAAUAAGUUAAUUAAGAUUUUCCUAUUUUGACAAGUUGAAAUUUUCUGGACAAGUUGACGAAGUCUUGCAUAUUUAUGCAUAUUAUAUGUAUGUGGCUUUACCCGCAUAAUGUUUUUCUACUCAUUACCUAUACACCCACAGGGAAUGUAAAUGUAUUAUGUUUUUUUUCUUUUUGCAAUGAAUUAAACGUAGAUCAUUUGUCUUUGAAGCAGCUAUGUCACGCCAAACUUUUCUCUCUUAAGUAGAUUCCUCUUCUUUUCCUCUCCAAAUAUGUUCUUCUUUUCUGAUCUUAUUCUCGUAAAAUACAUAAGUCAAAGUUUGGACUAAUGUGCCUCAUGUAUUUAUUUUUUUUUUUUAAACAUGACAAAGGGUUGAGCUUAAGGCAAGUUUCACUAAUUUUAAGUCCAGUUUUCCCACAAUACUCGCGAGACACACAAAAAACAGGUUAAGCAAUUACCGAGCCAAUUUUUACAUCUCUUAAAAUACAGAUAAUUCAGUGGAGUCUGUAAAAUAUUAUUCAACAGGCCCUCCAAUGCAACAAAGCUUGGUUAGAAUCCUGUGGUUUAAUCAAGCCUCCCAACAGUCCUAAUUCUGUCGGGACAGUCUCCAUUUCAGAGUCCUGUCUUGCCGUCCAUAUUUUGUCCUCUAGCAGCACAGUGCGUGGCCAUCAUUCAAUGUGGUUGUGCUGUGAACUGUCACUAAUACCAUGUGGAGAGAGCUUCAGAAGCACUCUGUAUGGUCCUGUAGGUUGUGUGCCAGUCAGGCAGGCCCAUUCAGUGAGCAGUCCUGUCCUUAAUGGGCAUCACUUCUUUGGGAACACACCAUAAGGAUACCUCCCAAAAGUCUCAGUUUCUUGGUUUUGUCUCACUUUAGAACCCUGAAGGUAACUGUUCUCAGGCAGCAAAGCAUUAGAUGCACUCACACUGUGCGGCGGACACUAAAGACUGCCAAGGUACCUGUCAGUGGUUGGGCUCACCCAGUUUCCAGAUAGGCCUGCCCAUUAUAGGUGUUAAUAUUAAUGCGUGUUGCAUCACUGGCGACAUCCUGUCUAUUUUUUUUAAAAAAAAUUUCUUCUCCCAAUUGUUGGAGGUAUGCUUCAAGGCCCACCCAUCUUGUCUCAUAUCUUCCCAAUUGUGCAUUUUGUACUUUUCUAAAAUCUUAUUAAUAAGGAGUUAAGUUGACCUUCUGGGUUUAUGUAAAUGUGUCUCUGUGAGUAAGAAAUGUAGAUUUAACAGGUAACCCCAUUCUAGUGUGCCUUCCUUUAUUCGAAAAGCCUUGACUUGUGUAUAUGCCUUUCUCUUUUGUAGCAAUCACAUUUUCGAUGAUUCUUUUUGAGGUCUACAGAUAAUGCUUUGUGAUAUUCAACCUGCUAAGCCCAGAGGUUGUGUUGUGACAGCUAGACUUCAGUAAUAAAAUAUGACUAAUAUAGAUCUAGGAUUUCAAUGUCAAUUGUGCCAGGAUAUAAAUGUCAUUAUUCUGGUGUUGGUGCUCUGCAGACCAGAUGUGGCCUUCUGUGGAUUUUGUAUGAAGAUUUUUUUGCCUUUCAUUGUUUUACUUAUUCAAUAAUAUCCAGCUCCCGUCUAAUGUGACCCUUUAACAUUGGUGAGACUGUAAAUUAUUUUUAUUAGCAUUUUCCUUGAAUGUCUGUAUCAAUACAAUCUAAAUGUUGAUCUGACUAUAAGAUAUAACAUAUAUUUACUGAAAAUGAUCCCUCUUAUUAGAGAGCACUAUUUCAUUUUCUGGGUUUUUUUUGUGUGUGUGCCGAAUGUACUCUGCAGAUCUUUAUUGAUUGAUUUCUCUGUUACUUUAACUGAUACAAUAGGUGCUGUUUACAAGGCAGUGUUUCGAAGAAAUGUUUAAAAAGUGAGGCAAUCAGUCAGAUCAUUUUGUUGGUUUCCAUGGUGAUUUCCCAAGUUUUAUAAAGUUAUCCUGCAAUUGCUCCUUAUAAAUUACCACAAUGUUGCUUGUUACCAUGGUAUGUUUGUUUGCAUGUGGGUAGCUAAAGGUUUCUCAAUCGUUGUUUCAUUCAAGAACACGUGUGGCUUUUGUUCAAUUUUACGGAUCAGUCUCUCCAAGCCUAUAAAUCUGCUCAUUAGGCCGUCUUCUGCCUGCAUUGGGGUCUUGUACCCUUACUGUAUAUUCAGAAUUAUUAAGCCAGUGUGAAUGAUACAUAUGAGCAGUGUCUGGUUUACCUUCUAAGAUUGUAUCCUCCUUUGCCUGUGGGUUGUUCGGCUUUUGUUCAGAUAAGUAGGCUUCAUUAGAAAAUCCUCCGUAUCCUUGCGAAAGAAGAGACUAACCUUAACUGACAUUCUGGUACGUUAUCCCAUGGCAUUGCUGUAUCAUGCUAAACUACAUUGAUCUGCCGCUACCCUUGUAAUGAGGUUAUUUUUCAAGUACUUUUUCAGUGUUUGUUGAAAGUGAGCCAAGUAUCUCAGGGUAGCCUGCAGUACUCUCCCAAUGUCGUUAUUUUCUUUUUUUAUUAUUUAUUUAUUUAUUAGAGGCGACGUUUAAAAUUUGUUGUUUAUACUUCAAUCUCACGAUUUCCAUGUAAUUCUUGCCUUGUUUGUGAGUGGGUUGUUAUGUUCUCGAUGGUGCUAUGACAAAUUUACUUCUAAAAUCCAUUUUCAUUGCAUUGAUUUUUUGUUUUCUCAAAAUGCUUUAAUUUUGCACCUCUGUGUACUCUCGUGGUGUAUGUAUACUAAUGAAAAGAAGUGGAAAAAAUAAAUAUAAAUUAAGAGUACAGGAUUUACUGGUUAUGGGUACAAAUGGUAAAACAGAUGUAUCUAUUCAUUUCUAUAUCUAUUGUAUUUGUUCUGGUGAGUAGAAUCAUUCCCUUCAGGCUUUUUGCCAUAAACCUUGUCUUCCAGGAGAAAAUGCAGUGUUUACAUUACAGGCUAGUGAUAACUACACUGGUCACUACUAAUAUGGCUGCUAGAGGUGCUUUCUGGGGUUGUGCUGCACAGUGACAUUCAGUGUAUCCACUCUCUGCCUGGAGAUACUGAACUUUCUUCAUAGAGAUGCAUUGAUUCAAAUUUAUUUCUGUGAUGGGAUGCUGUUUGGCUUGUUGUGGCUCUGCCCCUGAUCUGCCUCCUUGACUGUCUCAAUCAGCCCUAUGGGAAAGCAUCAAUAUUGGCUCUGAACAACACUUCUGAUUAUGUCAACCAAGCAGGUAGAUCAGAGGCAGCAGCUGCACAUUUGACCAAAAGUAAAAUUUUACUAUAUUGAGCGGGCCAGGGAGUCUAGAUGGUGUUUUUAACACUAUAGGGUCAGGAAUACAUGUCUGUGUUCCUUUAAAUUAGCAGCACUACUCAAGUAGAUUUUUUGUCUGUCAUUAUAGAGUCCUGUUUAAAUUUACUUUAUAUCCUCUGUGACCAUUGAUGGCUGCCAGCAGUCAAUGUUUGUGUUGAGACAGCGGAGGAGUGUUAGAGGGGAAACUAUGAUUGUGGUUUUUGUUAGUGGUUGUUUUUUUUUGUUUUGUUUUUUUUUCUGUUGAAUUAACUGCUUACAUGACAAAAUAGGAGCAAAAGUGCCCUCCCUUUCAAAUCUAACAUGGUCAGUCUUCAUGUGGCAACUGAAGCAGAGCAGCAGGCUCUUCCCCUCUCAAUUCCUAUUUUAACCUCAGAGUCCCUGUAUGAUGACUGUCCUUCACUAACCGUUUAUUGGAUUGUUCAUCUUUAAUUGGCUGUGUCAUGCAAAGUUUUUUUUUGGUGUAGCUAACAGCCAAUCACAGAGCAGCUAGAAGCAUAACACUUGCCAGUUACAGUAAUAUCGGAUAGACAAUGAAAGGAAUGUUAAGUUUGAGCCCCUUGAUAUCAUCCCUUCGUACCGCGAUGCUGAUGGGUAGAUCACCAGAUGCUGUAGUUAUAAAACAUUUGGGGAUCUACCUUUUGGGUAAUCUCUUUAGUACAAGAAAAUAUUCUUGGUGCACUGUUUAUUUAUUUUAUUUUAUUUUUUUCAACCCACGUGGUGCCUUCAACGCAUUUGAUCAGGUUGGUCAAAACCACUGUACAGCGCCAGGGGACUGUGGACAUAUCUUAUAUUGAUAUUUUUAUUUUGGUAUCUUUAGAAAAAUGUGCCCAAUGCCCCUUUGUCUUUAGGGUUUACUGUUCCUUUAAUAUUCAUAGCUUUGCUCGUGCUUCCAAAUAGAGCGUGGGUGUAUGAUCACAACCAUUUCAUUUCAAAAAGAACUGUCUCUGCAUUGCUGAUGUGUAACUUCGGGCAUCCUAGAAAAAUGACAUAUGGAAGAUUCAUUUGCAUUUUCCGCCUGUUUUUUGUGUUUAUUCUUUUCCAGCAGAUUAUUUUCUAAGUGCAUUGAGCUGGAGCUAUCAGAUCAACAGUUUUUUUGUUGUUGUUUUUUUUUGGCUUUAGAUGUCUCUCUCAAGUCAUUCUUAAACUCUUUGAAUGCAAUGAGUGUAAGCCAUGCUAAAAUAGAUACAGGGCAAUUCUCUAAAGUGAAAAUUCUGAUUUAAGACUGGAUUAACUGAACUGAAAGCACAACAGAGAAUUUUUCCAGUUUGGCUCUUUUGACCUUAAAGAGAUACUAUAGUGCCACAAAUACAAAUCUGUAUUCCUGGCACCAUCGCUCACCCUGCCUCCCAACUCCCUUGCGCCCUCUCCCCACCCAGGUGAAUAAAGUGUUUAAAACCCAUUUUAUUUACUUGCCUUAUCCCAGCGCCGAUGUCCCUUGGUGCUGAGUCGUGUCUCCGCCCCCUCCGACGUCCCGCAACGAGCUGGCACUAAUGCACGGUAAAUGCCGUGGGAAUUAGACCUCCCCAUAGGAAAGCACUUAUUCAAUGCUUUCCUAUGGGGAAAAAUCUGAUGCUGGGUGUCCUCAUACAGAGUGUGAGGAAGUCCAGCUAUGAUAAUAGACCAAAGGUCUGUUUCAAUCCAGGAAGUCCUCUAGUGGCUGUCUGGUAGACAGCCACUAGAAGCUGACUUAGUGCUGCAAUGUAAACCGUUUUUCUGGAAGUGCAGUGUUUAACAUUGCAGCACUAAGUGUAAAACGGACACUGCACCUAGACCACUUCAAUGAGCUGAAGUGGUCUGGGUGCCUACAUUGUCCCUUUAAAUUUGAAAAGUAAUUGCAGCAAGGUGACUGAAUCCCUGCCAUAGAUUCUAUUUAUGACUUGUUUCAUUCACACGGUGCUGCUGCAUUACAUAUCUGAUAAAUGCACAGCACACCUAGUAAAGACAAUGAAUAGCCCCAUGAUUGUCUGUGAAAAUUCUCAGCCAUUUCUUUCAGAUCUUCAGCAAAUUCAGAGUUGUCAUUGCUAAUUUUAUCAAUAAUUGGUCAAUCCUGGCAUAUCUGUAUGUUUAAUGUAACUGUGUAGAUUUGCAUUCUCCCCUCCCCCCCUUUUUCUUUUUAACUGUGCCUGUGUGUUUUUAUAAUAAACCUUUCUAAUUAAUACCAAACCGAUUCUGAUUUGUGUUGCCUAUGGUGACCGUGCAUGUGGAAUGAUCUGGAUUGAAAGAAGUCAUUUGAAGUGCUUGAUAAUUUGCUGCGUAUCUGUAUGCUGGUCAUUUACUGUAGGCUAUUUCCCCAUACGCAUAAGACAUAUGUGAAGAACUUAAACUUCCUCCAAAAUACCAAGAAAUGUUGUUGUCUGUUGAGGUUUGUUUCAUAAACCGUGAGUUUUCAUGAACUAGGUUAAAAAAAAAUUUUAUAUUUCCAAAUUUACAUAUGGAGUAACUGUACAGGAAAAAUCUGUAACCCUGGCAUAUGCCCAAAAUGGAAACCUCAGUUUUUGAUUUCAUAUAAAGUAGAUAAAUGUUUUGAUCAUUGACUUUUGAGAUCUAACUUCCUCUCUCAUUUAUUGUCUUCGCUCAUAAAUAUAUGUAUACAUUUAAAAAAUAUUUUUUUUAAAUGAACACUCUUUGCACCAGAACCGCUUCAUUGGAAUGAAGUUAUGGUUCCAGGAGGUCUUCACGACUUGUUUAGGCUUCUAUACAGUGCUGUUUAGCUCUUUCCCCCUGUCAUUUCACAUAGCUAAUUGGCUGAGAGUGAUCAACUGACUCUGUCACCCAUUGAGUUAGCUCUUUUGAGCCUUUGACAGAGCUUCUGGCAGAGAGGUGGGGACUGUGCCUGGUGGACCUCUGGCAAGAAGUCAAACAGUUAUAAAACAGUAUGGCUACUUCCAGUAGGGGGUGGCAGGGCAUUUGUUACACCAUAACCACUUUACAAGAGUGCCCAGUCUACUUAUAGAAGCAGAGCUGCUAAAGUAACCAGUUUAUUGUGUGUAGUAGUCUGCGGCCAGAUGAUGUACCUGUUCCGACCAUUGGGGUUGCAUUGAAAUUGCAUGGUGAAGAUUUUAAAACAUUGCAUUGAUCAGUGGCUGUAGACAAGAAAACUAAAAUAGUAAAAAUUUUGUUUGUCAAACGUCAUUUUGCCUUAAAUAUUCCUGCACUGAAACGGUAAAUAAAGCUGUACUACCCUCUGUGCUUAUCUAUAAUGUGAAUCCUAUUAAUUCCCAUCAGAGAUGAGCCAUUUGUAAGAGAGAAAAACUGUGAAAUCUCGUUUGUUCCCUUCUCAUAUAAGAAUUUGUGUCACACAGUGAGGGUGCAUUUAAUGAGCAGAAGCAAAGUAUGUAGGAUGAAAAAGGGUCAGGCAUUUUAAGAUGACAACUGAUAUGAGAAUAGGAGAAACAAAGGAAUAGAUGUUGUAUGGGUGUCAAGUCGUUAUCAUAGUGAACCAACAUCGAGCAUAUUGGCACCUGUGUUUAAUAGUUAAUACUCCAUAAAUGUGCAGUAGUUGAAAUCCUGAAUUGUAACCUCAUGCCAAGUAUGAUCAAUGACGUCUUGGUUAACAAUACAUCAAUCCGUCAAUGUGUAAGACCUCUAAACGCAUCUUAGAAUGAAAAAUCAUUAAUUAAAGGGACGCUAUUGUCACCAGAAGAACUACAGCUUAAUGUUGUUGUUCUGGUAAAUCUAGCGUGUCACUGCAUGCAUUUUUCUUGUGUGUGUGGAAAUACUAGCCUUUUCAGAGAAAAGGCACUGUUUACAUUACCGCCUAGAAACACCUCUAGGGGCAGUCACUCAGACAGGCACUAGAGGUGCUUCCUGUGUCAUGUGCAGCAUUGACAUUCAGAGUCUCUGCUUUACUUUCCCCUUAUAUAGACGCAUUAAUUCACUGCAUUUAUAUGAGGACAUCCUGAUUGGUUAGUGCUAUGUUUGGCUCUGCAAAAUCUGCAAAAUUCUGAUGAUCCCAUCCAAGGAGGCGGGUCAGGUGUGCUGGAAAUAAUAGUGUUUUUAAAACUAUAGGGUCGGGAAUACAUGUUUGUAUUCCUGACCCUAUACUGUCCCUUUAAGCUGCAGAAUUAACAUCAAUCCAAUGUUUGUUUAUUGACAAGUACUGAUCUGGUGACAUGCAAAAAAAACGCCUGGUACAGGAGGGAUACUGCCGUUUUUUCAUUUCAGGAAAUUAGAUCAGAACUGAGUAAACAAAGAUACAUGAAAGACAAAGGAAAGCAAAAAUGAGCUAAUCUUAGAAAACUCUAGGAAAUAAACAAAGAAGGGAGGGGGUGGGGGGAUUACUUUAAAGGAAUAAAAUAGAUUAUUCACUGUACAGGAAAAGGUAGUAAUUCCCUAAAGAUGAUCGAAACAUUCUUUGUUUUCUUAUUUUUGCUGUGCAUACGCAUGUUAGAGACAAGCUUGAGUUACCCAAUAGCAAUAAUCAGGCAUUACUUAAUGCAUUACAUGUGCAGGACUUGAAAGGCAUGCACAAUUUUAUAAUAUAAGCAGGCAUAAUUUUCAUUUUUUUGCAUCCCUAAUUAUGUCACUAAUUUAUGUCAUAGCUUUUAAGUUCUAUAAGAUGCAUUGCAUUGGUGAUAGUGGCGAUUGCCAUGAAUGCUAUCUGUGUCCAGAUGACUUCAUAGGAUUGGAGAUAAGCGAUUGUUCCAGUUUAGGAAUAAAGGUUCGUAAUGGAGCUGUUGAGAAUAGUUUAUCUGGUGUAUGCACCAUGCAUGUGCCACUGGCAAGAUUUUAACUUAAUUACACACGGCUUUCCAAAAAACUUUAGCACAGUUUUUAGCUUGCUUUUAGUGAAUCAUAUGUUUGUGCUAAAAUUUAAAGGUGACUAAUAUCUAGGGUAAGCCGGCACAGAUGCUCACAGAAGAGACUGGCAUGCCUAUUGAACAGGUGAAUAUGGUAUGGAAAUAAGAAAGUGGCCAUUUGUAUAUGCAGGAGCUGCUGGCAAAACUGCCAAAGGAAAACAAAGGGUAAGUUAACAUAGACAUUGGUGUGAUUGGCAUGGAACCACAUGGGCAAGGCAGGCACAGAAAUACACUGAUAAAUGGCACAUGUACACAUAGUGGACACUGGCAUUGAUAUGCACAUGGAAUCAUGGCAUGAAAAUGCAUGUGAUCAGUUUUUAUAUUAACCCUCAAUAAUUAUUUUUAUUUCACUAUAUUAAAGUGAAUGCUUGAUCAGUCUUUAAUAUUUGUUUCUACCUCUAUUGGUGGCAUUUGUGCUGAUUCAAUGCAUUAUAGGACCAGUGCACAAAUAGGGCUGCUUUUAUUUUGCUGUCCGGCCAUGCAUACACUCCAGAGCAUGUGUGGUUGGGUAUUAAAUAAGGUCAGGACAAUCUUUUUGUGUUCUUGCUUUUAUCCGCUGGAUUAAUUGCAUAUCGAAUUUUUCUACAAAUAUUACUGUAGAUGCUCUGCCUUUACAACACAUGAUAAUAAUGGAAAUCCCUAUGUGAGCAAUUAACUUGUAAAAAUGAUACACUGCUCAAUAAAACAUUGCAAGGUCGGUUAUUGUAGAUGCAUUUUCACUAAAACUUGAUGGUGUUUUAUUGAAUUUCAAAAUUAAAUCCUCUUUUUAAUGAUUUUUGUUUUUCUGAAAAAAAAAACACUCUGUAGAGGCUGAUCUCUAUUUAUUUUGUAGAAUUUUUUUUUUUUUUUUAGCUAAUCACAAAUACUGAAAAGAAAUUUGUGUAUUAUUUGUACACAGGAAAAUAUUAAAAUACUGAAAUUUACGAACCCCUGAAUUUUUAGAAAUAUAUUUUAGAAUCUUUUUAUUUUAUUUUUUUAAUUCUAAAUUCUUGUGUGUAUGAAAUGCUUGAGGUGUUAUGCAAGUGUUCGAUGAUUUGCAGUGUUGCUGUGUUUGUGUCGGGAGGAAGAUGGACCUUGUGGAACCGUUGGCAUAAGUUGAUAUACAGUUUUUUCUUUAUUCUGGUUUGAUUUACUAUAAAGCAUUUGGAUACAUGUAAUAUCCAUAUUGUAUAUCAGAUGAUUUAAGUGUCUUUGCUGACACUGGCAGUAUUUGCACCUUUUGAACAUUUUGUAUAUACCAUUUUAUAAAUAAUCACACUUUGUUUAAUGACUACCUUCUGCUAGAUAUACACUUGACAUUUUUCACGGCUUGUCAUGUUUCCCGUUUCAUUUACGUUUAAUGCACAUUUUAUUAGCUAAAAUGGUUAACAAAUAUGGAAUCACAUCUCUAUAUGUAUAUGUUGCGACUAGGAGAGAUACAGUGUAGUGGUGUGCAUGAUGUGGUACACCAAUUCAGCUGGGAGGCAGUCAGACAGAUGUUUAGCAGUGUCAUGACCAUAAAGAGGGCAAAUCUGCUUAGAUUUUGAUUUAUUAUUAUUAUUAUUUAUGUGUAACUGUCUAAAUACGGACUUCCAAUUUAGGACAUAAUGUGUUUUAUAAUAUACAACUGUUCUUACUGACAUAUCUGGGUUGGCAAGCAUGAAAUUUGAGUUUCUUGUACCUUCCAUAUAUACAGCUCUGUACACUCUACCCCCUCAGUAUCAUAGCUGGCUUUCUCUAUAACCCCCCUUUAAUAUUUGCCAUCAAACCAUGUUUUACAUUAAGUAGUUUUUUUUUUUUUAGUUUUUUUUUUUUCUGUCAACCGAGCUGCUGAAUCCCCGUUUACUAUCCAUUCAUUGAGUAUGUAAUACAGCAUUUGUGGCAGCAUUUUCAGGCUCAUAAGAAUACCCCAGAGAAUAAAAUCACAAUUUAUCAGUCUGUGUUCUACAUCAAAACAUUGUAAAAUGAUUCCCAUGAGUCAGUUGGCCCCCCCUCAACCCUCAACUUUUUGGGUAGAUACAGCACAACAUAUCAUAACACAGCUCACAUACAUUUAAGCUAAUUUGAAAAGUAUUUUUUUUUUGUUUGUUUUUUUGUUUUUUAAUGCCAAGAACAUAUGUUGGACUGAAAGGGUAGAACCAAACACAGAGCGAAAUUACCUUGAUGCAAAAAUAACUUUAUCCUUGAAUGUGAUAUAUCUUAUAUAGAAAUGUCAAACCUGGGAAGCCUUGCUUCCUCUUUAUUUGAGAUUUUAAACACCAAUGUAACUGUUUGUCCCAGCAGCUAGCUUUAUUUAGUGCUGUCCUCGUGAAUUUCAUAAUAAUGAAUUUCAGUCAAACAGCAAUAAUUGAGUUUGUGUAUAAAUUCAUUGAUGAUAUUGGCACUUUGCAUACCUUACAAACUGCUGUUUCUAUGACACUAAUUAACACUUCAAGCUGCUAGGUGAUGUAGACUUGUCACCAUAUCUCACAAUUUUCCCCAUCUCUCAAUCAAGUAGUUAUACAUGCAGAACAUCAUUCAGAAAAUUAAUUUGAGUGUUUUUGUUAACAAAACAACUUACUGGUGUAUGUAUUUUGGAAGUGAGCAAGCUAAGAAUAUGUUCAACCCUUGGGUCGCAGGUUCAAAUCCUGGCAGGGUUGGCUCAGCCCUUCAUCCUUCUGAGGUAGAUAAAAUGAGUACCAUUAAAUUGGGUAAUAUGAACUUCCCCAGGAUGUUGGGCUAAGGUAACACCCCCAGGAUGUACUUGAAGACCAGAGUAAUCGGAAUGUACUUUUCCUGGUUAAAUACAUGAUGAUGAUGAUGAUGAUUAUUAUUACGUGAAGGUGAAGUGGAUGCCUAAUAUCUAUAAUGCCAUUACAGACUGUAUAACAUUAAAUACUAACUGCAAACAUCAUUUGUAAUUGACAUGUAUGCAGUAACACAUAUCCUCUUGUAAUGUAUAUUAUAAAUUGUGCAUUCAGUCUCUUUUGUGGUAGGUUUAAGAUCUGUCUUCAUACACUACAUAUAUUUGUGUGAUUCUGGUGUUUCAUUUAAAAUUAAUCAGUGAUCAUUUUGUGCAUUGUUUUGUGGUAAGCUGUAAUUGCCACAGUUUGUACAACCUAAAAGAAAACCUUCGUAAUACCUGCGUGCAGGAUCCACAUACGUCAAUUCCAUAGCUAUUUUUUUUGCUUUUUGUCAUUGAAGCACUAUCAAGCAUUAGCCCCAUUCAGCGUCAUCCUAUGAUAACCCUAAACAUGCUAAUCCUAAACCUUUCGAGAAGUAAAGGAAAAAUGCCGUACUAGAGGCUAUCUGCUUGAUAUCCACUGGAGGAGUGUUUUCUGUAAAAUGUAAUCAAUGUGUUUCUCAGAAACACUGGUCAGUGAAGAGGCAGCCUCUAUGCACCAAAAUUACUACAAUAAGAUCUAGUGGUUCUGGUGCUUAAAGUGUUUCUUUAAAUAUUGAUUUAACAAAUGUAUAAAUAAUUUUAAAAAAAUUAAAAAAUUCAUGUAAUACUUUUUCAUUGAAUAUUGUGAAAUAGGUGUAAAUAGGCCGUCAGUGUGCUGGUACUUCAAUAUGAUGUCUCUGUUUUAUGUAGGUCCCAAUGGGAGCAGAAUAAGAACAUACAUGAAGGUGGGCCAUACACCAUGUCAUCAUGCGUGUCCAAGAGGGCUUCUUCUGAGAGGUCCAUCCUACAAGAUGACAAUGACCAUUCAAACCAGCCUCACAUCGUUUGCAACUUCUCAACUCUGAGCAUCGACCUAGGCAUGGAAUCCGUUAUCGUGGUCACAGAAUAUGAUCCUUAUAUUUCAGAUAUUGAGCAUGGGCAUAAUGGAGAGCCGGUUAGUGAAGGUGUGGAACCCAAGGAGACCGGCAAAGAUGAGCCUGAUUUUCAUAGACUUACUGAAAGUGGAUGUAUACUGGAGGACCUCAAAGGGCUUCCAAAUGAUAUCAAAGAUCCCAGGGCCAAACUCAAUAUGACAAAUAGGAAGCUAUCCCUCCAAGAACGUUCUUCAUCUGUACAAUCUCCAAGCAACCUAGAUAUGAAUGGACAGUACAUUUAUCCAUCUCUCCCCUAUUCUCCGGUAACCUCACCACAGUCUUCUCCACGCUUGCCACGGAGACCAACAGUAGAGUCUAACCGUGUCUCUAUUACGGGUUUUCAGGUAAUGUUAAAUUCCUUCCUUUUAAUGUAUAUUCUGUCUCUAGAAAUGUCUUGUUGCUCUUCCUUCCAGAGAAAGUUAAAUCUUCCAAGAACAAUUUUAAAGCGUUCCUACCAAAAUAGGCAUAACUAGUUUCUCUUCUGCUGAAUUCAGUUACACAUGGAAGUCUAAAGAUCUGGGAUAUUUAGUAUCAUUGCUCGCAUGCUGACAUCUGAGCAUACGUGAAUUCAGCCUGCUGAUCUUUCUCCCAAGCAUAAAUACAAAGUAAGGACACCGCUAAGAAAAUAGCUGGCGUAAGCCCAUCAAUUAUAUCUGCAAACCAAUACUUUGUCAGUGCUGUAUUUUGGUAGACUGUAUAGUCAAUGCUCAGUACAUCGAAAAGCGGCCCAUGUAUACUUCUUUGUGCGAGAUAUAAAGCCUGGACCAAUUAUAUGCAGCUGUGGGUGGUUAUAAAGAAUCCUAUUAAAAAUAGCUCUGUGCUAAUAUAAAUUCUGAUGGCUCUAAAAAUAGCUCUGGACGGAUCUAGAGACUGAUCACAUGUACUGCUCCAUGUUGAUCUGAAAUGAAGCUACCCAUAUUGUUCAACUAAUGCAAUCAGUGCAUUAAUUUAAAUUAAUAAUGACUUUGUAAGGACAGUGUGUUGCACAGUUCACCCAGUGUUUGGUCUGCUCCUUUUCAUGCCUUGUUAGAGAAGUUGAAGGGGCAAAAAGUAUCUUUACUAGGAAAACCACUAUUGCAUAAAUGUUAAGUGAAAGUUUUUGGACUCUUAUCGGCCAUGAUACAUGGUCAUGUGUAUUUUUUAAUUUAGAAGUAAAUUAUUAAAUCACAACAUGAUUUGUUCAGAUGAUUUUAUAAUCUAAUACUGACUAAACAGAAUUAAGACAAGCUUUUUUUUUUUUUUUUUUAAUUUGGGAUACUUACAUCUUGCUGAGCAGCAUUUGUUAUUUUGUCCUACAGAAUACAUUUUCUUUAAUCAUUCCUCAAAGUAACACUAUUGCUUUAGAAAUAGAAAUGUGUAUUUCUACUAGAGUGUCUUAGUGACCAUUUAGGGGACAGUCCCCCCUACCCUCAAGGGUUGAAAAAGUAGUUUAUUGAAAAAAAAAUUUCCCACGUCGCGCUACUCUCUCUGUGGUCACUCCAUCUCCUUGGCUGAAAUCAUCGAUAUUUUAUAACAGCCAAUCCAAUGCUUUCCCUUAGUAAAUCAUUGGGAGGCUAUGGCACACAAGUGCUGCAGUGUGCCAAUCAAAUGGUCUCUUUGAGACCAUCUGAUUGAAAUAGCCGUGUUUCACUUGACUAUUUUGGCAGAUGCACCACUAGUGGCUGCAUCGCUGCAGAACGGCAAUGUUUUCACUUACAGAGUUAAAAUUCCUGAGGCAUGGCAUCCAGACCAAUUCAUUGAGAUUAAGUGUUAAAGGACCACUAUAGUGCCAGGAAAACAUACUCGUUUUCCUGGCACUAUAGUGCCCUGAGGGUGCCUCCACCCUCAGGGACCCCUCCUGCCCGGCUCUGGAAGGGGGAAAGGGGUUAAAACUUUUUCCUAUGGACGCUGGCGUGCUCUCACUGUGAAAAUCACAGUGAGAAGCACGCAAGCGCCUCUAGCGGCUGUCAAUGAGACAGCCACUAGAGGGAAUGGGGGAAGGCGUAACCCAUUCAUAAACAUAGCAGUUUCUCUAAAACUGCUAUGUUUAUGAAAAAAUGGGUUAAACCUAGCUGGACCUGGCACCCAGACCACUUCAUUAAGCUGAAGUGGUCUGGGUGCCUAGAGUGGCCCUUUAACCCUUUAAAGUGUUUGUGUGUGUGUGUGUGUGUGUGUGUGUGUGUGUAUUAAUAUACAGGUUGGUUAUAUUAUGAAAACAAAACAAUAAUGCAGCCUUUCUUGGAUUUUUUUUUCUGCUCUUAUAGUGAAAAAAAUAUUUAAACUGAUGUCUGUUUAUACAUGUGUUAUAUCUAUAUCUCUUUCUUUCCAUGCUGUGCCUGACAUGUACAGCUGUGAUUGCUUUAACUUCUCUGCCUAAUAGAGGUAUCUGUAUUAUACCUGUGCUGGAUGCAGUGUUAAUUGCCACUCUGAGUCUGCAAUCUCUACAACAGUGUCCCUUACCAUGAAUCUUACCAUGGUCAUUCGAUGUUAGACCCAUAGGAUAAUGACAUUUCUUUUUUUUCUUUUUUCAGGACUGUGUCCAGCUUAACCAGUACAGGCUGAAAGAUGAAAUUGGAAAGGUAAAUUUAAGCUCUUGAUAUCUCUUUAAUCUGCUGUAUUAAUUUAGGUUUUAUAUUUAGAGUGUUUAAGCAUUGUGAAAAGCAAGCUAUCCACUAACACUUGGCUGACCAUUCAAACAACUAACACAAGGCUUUGGACUCAAUUUAAUUCUAUUGGCUGAAAAUAGUAGAUAAUUAUCCAUUUUAAUUUUUUUCCUCCCAAUUCUAGUGCCAGACAAAAUUCAAGCAGCCAGAUCGAUAAAUGAGUCACAUUUACCUGCCUUUUUAAUGACUUCCUGCUCAGUUGCUAAUCAAGUACAGUGGGGAGCUGGCACAUGUCCCCACCCAUGAGCAGCGAUUGGGACAAUUAAAGGGGUGAACCUAAUAUCCACCUGCUCUCCAAAUCCCACCAAAAAUACUGCUUAUCACCUCACCCUAAUAAAAGUGUGGGGCCCCAAUUAAUCUAAAAUCCUGUAAAUAAAUAAAUAAAAUAUUUGCUAUCAGACAUCAUCAUUUUUUUUUUUUCUUUCAGUCCCAUAACUGGUUAAAUAAAAUUAAUUUAUUCACUGCUGUUGUUUCUAUUGACAAUUGAAAAACUGUGUUCUCCCAAGGAGAAUGAGCUUGCAAGGUGGGAAAGUUCUUUAUAAGACUUCCCAUGCUUUGCAAGCUUAAAGUGCUGUGAUUGUUUGGCUUGUAGGCUUACAGAUAAACAUGAUUAGCUAAUUAACCCCUUAAGGACACCGCUUCAAAUGCUUGUUUUACUCUUAAGGACACAAACCAUUUUUGCAUGUUUUGCUGUUUUGUGUUCAAACGCAAUUUGCAUCUCUGUCAUUUAUUGCACCAACACAUAUUAUAUACUGUUUUUUAGAGGGCAAACAGGGAUUUAAUUUUCACAUAUGCAUAGAUAAAUUCUCAUUAAUUAUAAAAAAAAAAAAUGCCAAAGAAUGAGGGAAAAAACUGUUUUGGCAAUAAUAGCCUGUGCAUAAUAUGUCCAGCUUAGAAAAAGUAAUUCAAAAUAAAUUUAUUUAUGUGUCUUGAUUUAUAGAGUACGUAAUAUGUAUAGGAUUUCAGCUUAUUUUGAAAGUUACAGGUCACAAAAUACAAGGACUAAAAUAUUUUUAUUUUUUUUUGUCUGAAAAGGCAGUGUUUACAUGAAAAUGCCUGAAGGGAGCUAUUAUACUCACCAGAACAACUACAUUAAGCUGUAGUGGUGACUAGUGUCCCUUUAAUGCUGGCCAUGAUCCAAAGGUGUCCGAAAGCACAGUGCAUAGCGUAUGGGACUGCGUAGCUGUAGACUGGUUAGAAUGCCCAUGAUGAUGACCCCUGUCCAUCACCAAAAACACCUUUUAAUGGGGAGUUGAUUCAGAACUUGACUAUGGAAUGUUGCCAGGUCUGAUGAAUAAUUUUCUUGUAUCCGGUAGUUGUUCAGGUGUGUGUCAUUUAUCUGGAGAAGAGAUGGCAGCAGAAUGCACUAUGAGAAGAAAGCACUGUGAUUUGUCAGGGUUCUCACCUUGACAUCCAGACUUUGCGGUCCUGGGCCUGCAUUCUAUCUUUGAGCCACAACAGCUUUGUUUAUUUUGAGCUAUUCCAGUCCUGUUAAUCCUGGCUUGUCUGCAGCACUGGGGGCUGGACUUUGACUGCUGCUGUGCUUCACCUGACCCUGAUCAGAAAUCAGCAGGGUAUAUAAACACAGCCUCGCCCUGUGAACUUUGUCAAGUCUUUGAUCAUUUUAUGUGCGUUCCGUUCUUGUGUUCCAGUCUCUUGAUCUACAUAUUCAUACUUCCGGCUUCUGACUUCGUUAAUCCUGACCUCUGGCAUUCUUUGACUUCGGCUACCCCUUGACUAUCCUGCUGUUCGUGUCCUUGCCUGUACUGCGACUUGGUGCUUUUUCCUGCACAGCCCACGUGCACAGAUUCACAGUCCAGGUGGUUUCCUAUCUGCUCACUUUGGUCUGUGUCUGUUUGGUUUGAGGAACAUGACAAACCGUUCAAGGUGUUGCCUUGGCCUCAAAAUCCCCAGAUCUCAAUCUGAUUAAGGGUGUGCUGGAAUAAAUCCGAUCCAUGGAGGCACCACCUUGCAGCUUGCUGGACUUAAAUGUUCUGCUGCUUAUGUGUUUGUGCCAGAUGCAACAAAACCCAUUCAGAGGUCUUGUAGAGUCCAUGCCUCGACAGAUCGGAACUGUUUUGGCAGCACAAGGGGGGGCCUACACUAUAUUGGGUAUUGUAUUACUUGCUGUGCACAUGUAAAGCGGUGUAAUAUGCAGAUUUAAUAUGAUUCAGGAGGGCAAUCAAUUCAUGGAUGCAUUUCUUGUUAUUUGAUUUCCUUUCUGCAGCAUCUGGAUUUCGUGACUGCUCUUUAUAUAAACAAGUGAUGACUGCAAGGAAAUAUGUUUGGGUUUGUCAUCUUUUCCUCCCACGUGGCUGGGUAUGGUUGAAAUCAUUGCAAUGUGGCAAAAUCGAGAAAUCCUGAGCAAAUUUGUCCCUAAUAUAUUUCUAUAUUUAUGGCUAGAUUGUCAGUAGUAAAAUAUACGAUAUUGUGCCAAUUUGUAACAGAUUUUGAGUUUUAGCAAUGAUUUUUGAUACCUUUUGUUCACAGUCCUAUGUCUCCUUAACAAGAUUCUUCACAGUGAGUUAAACAAAUACUAAUGAAAUUAGCUCUCCAAGUGCCAUGACUACCAUGGCUGUAAUGGGUAUGGUUCCAGAAAGGCCCCAGUGUAUUUGUCAAACCAUGAAUACCUUACUUCCUGGAUUCUCUUUUUGGAGUAUCUGUUUAGCUCUUCUAGGCUAAGCAUGGCCAUGUAGGCUUGCACUCAUUUGCUGAAUAUAGAAAUUUAUCUUCUCAUGCAUGGCUUAUAAUGCAUAGUCUUCUGAGAUGGCUAGAUACUCUGAAUUUUAUUAAAGGACACAGAGGCUCAUAUUAUGCUUUAUCUCUUUGCUGCUGAGGAUUAAAGAAAGAAGGGAUACUGUAAAUAUUUAAAGAAAAAAUAUGACAUGUACCCUAAAGGUCUAACCAUCAUACAACAUAUUAACCAAUAGGAAUGCUCCUUGCUCUAUAAUAUCCCAUGUGAUCUUAAACCCCUCCUCAUUCUUUGCUGCUGCCUGCUCAGCUAAGUACCACUCCAAUUUACUCUGUUUUGAUUUUAUUAUUUCUAUAAUAUAUCACUGCUUUGGUGUAUAUUUAGUCAGUGUAUACAUUGAUUUUUGUACAAUUUUUUUUUAUUCCUACUGUUUGUGUGGUCUGAGAGCACUGCUCCCUCACUUCAGCUCCCUCCUCUCCUCAGCCCCCCCACCCCUCUGCUUCCCGAUCAGUUUGUUUAUUUCCCGACCUGUUUCUUCUGUCUGCACCGAUCCUACAACCCCUCUCACUGCUAGUUACUGCGGUCGCGGCCUCGUGUAUGGCUGGUGCUGCUCGCGCAUGCCCACAUUGAAAGUGUGCAUCGUGGCGGCCAGCUUGCGAUUGGCAAUUUUGCCGCGCUUUCUUCCAUGGCCAAUACCACUCGUCUGACUGAAGCAGCCUCCCAGUGUUCACCAGGAGCCAAUCAUGAGGGAACACUUGGUGAGCUUGCAUUUUUUUUGGUCAGUGUGCCUAAUUUAUAUACAGCUGAUUCGGUCACUCCCUAUAUUCAGUUCCUCUGCCUCUCUAGGGCUCUGUCCAUUACUGUGGGUGUGAUUUUUUUUUUUUUUCCUACCAUAUCCUUAGGAUAUAUAUUAUCCUCGCAUACACUAUUGUAUUUACUGUAUCAUAUUGUCCCACAAGGAGUUGGAAGUUUCUGCCGCCGGUUCUUCCACUGGGGUCACUAAAACCCCUGUGCCCCUUGUGGUGACCAGACCACCCACGCCAGCCAUGCUGGAUGAAGCAUCACAGGAGCAAAUGAAUUCUGAGGAAUUUCAUUCUCUCCUGAAUGCUACAAUGGCGAAAUCAGUAACAAAAGCCAUCUUUUGGGCUAUGGGGACCAUGUCUGAUAGCCUGCCCCACUUUAUCACACAAGCCUUAAUGUCCACCCAGAGACCACCUACUUUCAUUUCCCCUGUGCCCCCAGAGAAUAAACUGUCACUUGGAGGAGGAUGCCUCUAAAACUUGUCAGACAGGCAGGGUACAUCCUGUCACAGAGGAUGUGGUUGCACCACAACAAAGAGCCAUCCACCGGGCAAAAUCGGUGAGAAACUGGAAGGGGCAAAAGCCCUAAUUGUCUUCUGAAUUGGAGUCGGAACAAGAGGAGGCACUGAGCGAGUCCGAUGAUGAGGACGCUUACAAUUCAGGCGCAUAUUUACCUAACCAUGGCUCCUUGUCAGGGCCUGGGGUUGACUCUAAGGUCGGGGUGGAUGACUCCACCAUUCUUGACCCUCAGGGUAACCCUUUCUUUGAUCCGAAUAACCUGCAGCAUCCGAGAUCUUCAGAGUGGUGCCCAUUGGAUCAUGUGGCGAAAUACAUUGCCGCCUGCAUUAGAAAGUCGCUUGACAAAGUCGGAAGGAAUAAGCAGAAUGCCCAUGGCCCACUCUUCCCGAUCGGCAUGCACCACGCCGGGCGUGGACCCAAAAAUCGCCCAAUUUUUCUAUAAAAGUGGGUGGAAGGCAAAAAGGGGCCUGGAUUUUUCCUUGCGGACCAACCAGGAUAAAAUCCUGGAUGUCUUGGGGCCAAGGGCGAAGAUUUGCGGUUGAGACAGCCUUAGCGGGUGGACCCGCAGACUUGUUAGCCAUCAGGGGGUGGAUCCAACGAUCUGUCUGUUUGUUACGGCAUUAGCUACUGAGAGGCGCAAGGCAAUACUCAUAAAAAUUGAGCCUAAGUUAGUGAAUCUAGCUAUUUCAGGACCACAGGCAAAAGGCCUCCUAUUUGGGGACAGUUUUGUGAAGGAAUUAGGCACAUACGUAGGGACCUUCACGGCACUUGAUAAAGCGCAAGCCAAUAUGAAACGGGUGUUCUCCCAGAGAGUUUUUGGCAGGGCCGGCAGAUAUCCGCCGUUCCUCCCGGGGUUCAAAACAGGGUACCUGAAGCUAAACUCACUCUAGGUUUCAAGCACCUGAACCCAAAUCCAACUCACCGUUUUUCCCGGUUCCAGGCAGACCUCGCGGACCCAGAGGUUCUUCCUACGGCCUUUUGGUAAGUUCAAGUUCAUGCCAUUUCACUUCGCUAUCAGUAGGGGCCAGUGACUGGCAUCCAAGAAAUACAGUGACUGGCAUCCAAAGGUACAAUCUUGAAAAUUCAUCCUCAUACACCAGGUUUCCUGAGCAACCUUUUCCUAGUCCCCAAGAAAGGUGGGGGCGGUCGACCUGUCAUAAAUCUAUUACCACUGAACGCUUUUGUCGCAUACUGCCAUUUCAAAAUGGAGAGUAUUCACUCUCUUCAGGACCGUCUCCUGUUGGGAGAUUGGAUGGUCAAACUCGACCUACAGGAUCCAUACAUCACUGUCCCGAUGGCAUAAGACUCCCAACAAUUCCUGCAAUUUUGGUGGGAAAAGACCAUGUGGCGAUUCAAAUGCCUUCCAUUCAGCCUCUCUUCUGCCCCAUGGUGCUUCACAAAACUACUGAAACCAGUAGUGGCCCUUCUGUGCAACAGAGGAGUUUGCCUCAUAAUAUACUUGGACGAUAUCCUCAAAAUGGCGCAGGACCCUCACACGCUCCACGUACACUUCUCCUGGACGAUGGCUCUACUGAGCAAUCUUGGUUUUCAUCUCAAUUUGGAAAAGUCGGUCCCCAAACCUUCUUAAUCCAUAGAAUUCCUAGGAUUCACCAUAGAUUCACUCCUAUUACCACCCUCCAGAAAUCAAGGCCAUCAGGAAAGAAGUCCGCCAGACGUUGGCCCUUCCUGUCCUGACCGUGAGACAACUGGCCAGAAUUCUUCCUGCAUCGAUUCAAGCCAUAUUACAUAUACUACAGAGCUUAGAACUGCUGACAGGCUCAUUUUCCCUACAGAUCAUCUUGGGUGUAUCGACCAACUCUUACGGAUGGACACCGUAUCAGCGGUUCAUUACAUCAACCAUCUUGGGGGCACAAAGUCGACAAUUUUAGGAAACCUAGCGAAGGAAUUCUGUCAAUUCUGCCUGGAUCGCAAUAUUUCAGUACAGGCGGAAUACAUUCCGGGGAUGUCCAACAUAGCAGCGGAUUGGAAUUCCAGACACUUACGGAAUGCCAGCGAUUGGCGUCGAACCCUUCCGUUUCUCCCCGCCUAUCUCUUUGGGUCCCUCUGCAGAUCGUCUUUUUCGCAUCACGUUUGAACUCCCACCUACCAAAAAUAUUUCAUCUGGAGACCAGAUCCAGAGGCUCUGGCAUCAUAUGCCUUCCUACAACCAUGACUGAACACUCACCAGUACGCUUUUCCACCUUUCUCUCGCAUUGCCCGGACACUAUUACACCUCAGACGUCACCGGAUCUCCUUGAUCCUCAUAACCCUGUUCUGGACAGCUCAGCCUUGGUUCCCUACACUCAUGGAAAUGUCCAUAGACUACCCAAGAUUACUCCCUGUCUUCUCUGGCCUAUUGCCUGAUCCCAAUAGGAACCCACAUCCCCUUCUCCUCCAGGGACCUCUCAAACUAUUAGCAUGGCUCCUUUCCGGAAACUCUAUUUCGUCCCUAACGUUCCAAGAACAACUCUGGAACUCCUGUCGGGAUCUUGGGCACCAGGAAAAGGAAAUCCUAUCUCCAUGCCUGGAACUCGUGGAAUGGUUGGUGCAUGGUACAACACAUGGAUACCAUAUCUGCACCUGUGAUUCAGGUCCUGAGUUUCCUUACUUCACUGUUUUUAACACGGACUAGCAUACCGUGCGAUCAAUCUCUAGAAGUCAGCCAUAUCAGCAGGCCACAAGGGUUGGAACGGAUUUCCUGCAGGUAAACAUCUCUUGGUGUCGACUCCUUUGUGGCAUCAGAUUUGUACAUCCACCACUUCCUAAAUAUUCCUCCUUAUGGGAGGUGAGCCUUGGCCUUCGAUUCUUUGCCGUGGGUUGCUUGAGCGAAAGUUCUUCAUUAUGAGGCCAAUUCUCAAAGUUAGUUAUGUUGUUUUGUCUCAUCUCCUGUAAACGUGUCUCAGACGUUCAUGCACUGGACAUAACGGCACGUUCUUUUACUCCAGAUGGCGUUUCCUUUGACAUCUCAAGGCGUAUGAAAACAUCCAUUACCUCGGUCAUUUAUCCAGCCUUUCCACAUAAUGUUAACCUAUGUCCAGUGACAUGUCUCAAGGAAUAUGAGGAGAGGACCUCUUCGAUCCGUGAUCCUACAUAUGCUGAUUUGUUUCUAGCCCUUUGACGCCCAUAUCAACCUGUUUCUACAGUGACCUUAUCUCGUUGGGUCAAAGGGAUCAUGAAGUCGGCUGACAUUGACACUUCCAAGUAUGGAGCAAACUCUGUUAGAGGCGCUAUGGCAUCAAAAGCUUUCUCCUUAGGUUGCAGGUUAGAGCACCUCCUCCAUGCUGCUGAUUGGUCCCAGGAAUCUACUUUUCGGGAAUUCUAUUUUCAUCCAGUUCUUCAUUUUUCCACCAGGGUGGUUGCACAGCUUUGAACGAGCAUAAAAUGAGCCUCCGUGUCCUUUAAUAAAAUUACCAGAUUUUACUAAUUUCAUGAAGUAAAGUCAUGACUUUAUUAAGGACAAGUGGGCGAGUAUUAUCCCACCCGACACAGGUAUGUUACUCCCUACCAGGGGUAUAGGUAUAUAAUUUCACGAGAAGUAUACAGUCGUCAUGGUAAUGUGGUUAUUUACCUAAUUGAACUAUUUCUGUUGAUGUUAGCGUUGAAGAAUUGGAUAUAUUGCUCUUUCUAGAAGCACUGCGGAUAGGAUUUAAUAUCCAAGGACAUAUUUUAUCACUUAUUUCUUUGUCUUUACAGCCUCCUAAUUAGUUUUACAUUGGUCCCUCACAUUCUCGAACGGAUGUGUGCAAGUUUUAUUCGAAGUUCCAUUGUUGGAUUAUCCCAGAGUCUAUGUUCUUCACAUUUAGUUGGUCGUCUACUUCGGUCUUGUUGGAAUGUUCCUCGGCACCAGUUUGAAAGAGGAGUGGCUUAAGGUCACAUGGGACAUUAUAGAGCAUUCCUAUUGGUUAAUAUGUUGUAUGAUGGUUUACCCUGUAGGGUACAUGUUGUAUUUUUUUCUUUAAAUAUUUACAGUAUCCUUUCUUUGCUGCUGAGGAUUAAAUAAAGAGAUAAAGCAUAAAAUGAGCCUCCGUGUCCCUAAUAAAAUAAUAUAUGUAGGUGAUGGAAGUGUACUCAUUCCUUCGUCCUGGAAUUCAGGGUGCUUUAACGGAUAAGUCCCAGUACCAAAAGAACCAAACAUAGAUAAGGCCCUAAGGGGUCGAAACGUUGCUUUUUGGUUCCUUGUUCCAAUAAAAAAUUGCCUCUACUUUGGAAUUCAUUGGAGUGCCUUGAUUAUUUUCUAUAUUCAAAGUCUGUAAGGCCCUAAGGGGUCGAAAUGUUGCUUUUUGGUUCCUUGUUCCAAUACAAAUUGCCUCUUCUUUGGAGUGCCUGGAUUAUUUCCUAAUAAAAUAAUGACUUUACGUCAUGAAAUUAGUAAAAUCUGGUAAUUCUCAACGUUUGUUGUAGGUGCUCAUGUUCUGUUACUUUAAUGACUUCUGCAGAAAUACUUACAAUUGUGUUUUUAAGCCUAUCCAUGUUCUUUCAUUGCCAGUAUUAAAAAAACUGUGCAUAUCACAAUUUUGUUUUACGGAUCAGUACAAGCCAUUCAAAGAGACGACUCUUCUAUUUUCUCACUCUUCGUGUUUUGCGGCACUAGCCAGCCUUUUUGAGGAUUAGAGCUUUUCGUUUUCCAAACUUGUAUUUCACAAACCGAGAAUUGCACUUACUAUACUGAAUGUAACAAAUAGAUUCUUGACAAUGAAAAGAUUGAAACUUCAACAUUGCUAGUGCUUUUAUCUUGUGGUCUCCUCCUAGUGUCACCACUUCAAUGAAGAAACCUGAUUAGUCAUGAGAACUUUGCUUGUACUCACCCAUGAUUUGUCAUCUGGAGGAAUGCUAUCCCGUAGCUGGAAACUGGCCAGAUGUGAAAAGUCAUUUAUACAGAAAGGGGAGAAACCUAGACUAUCCAACAGCACUAGUCCCAUGGACUAACUGAAUAUUAUAUCUAAAUCAACACCAUUUUAUAUAUUAAGUAAUAAAUAGUAUAUACCAAUGCUUUAGAUUAGGCUUAUGCUUGCUAUACUUUUACGAAGUAUCUGAAAGGCUAUAUUGCAUUUGCCCUAGUUACAGGUCCACCAAGUAAACAUAACAGAAACUUCAUCAGUUAAAACAGGUACUAGACUUGUAAGAUCAAACUAGAAAAAGCAAACAAAAGGUAAAACUGCUGUCUAAGUUAAUUAGUAAAACAUUUUGCAGGAGAUGGCAAUAUAUCAUCCUAUUCCUAGGCAAGGGAAGGUGUAGUAAAUGGAUCUUUAAAAUCAUCAGACCCAAUUGAGUCCAGUUAUGCAUGCCCAUUGCACUCCCAGACCCCACAUCACCAGCUUCAAGCAAGUACCGGAACCAAUAAAAAUUGUUAUACAAGUACCGGAACCUGCACGCAACUUUUCCACCACACCAUGUGCGCACAGGGCAAAGUCCAGAGACACCCCCUUUAGCUCCAUGCCCAGGAAGGGAACGAUGGACUGAAGCACCGCUGGAUGACCGUUUGGUACCAGGUGAGUUGAACUGAGGUGCCAGCUCGUUGGUCAUAUGAUAUGAGAAAAGCCUCUCUCUGCCCUUGUUGUGUCUUCUCCGGUGAUGGAUUUGAUGUGGCAUGGUUAGCUGCAAUCUUGAGGUGCUCAAGAUGUUGUGUGUUUUCAGACUGGUGAGUGCCCAAAGUAAGUGUUCCUAGUAGAUAACUGUGAAUAUCUAAGUUGCUGGAGCCCGCCAGUCCAGAGGUGGUAAGAGGGCUCCGGUAGAUUUGUCAAUAAGAGCAGGGAAUUGGCCGCAUCCCCUCCCCUGCCUUGUCUGAUUUGAGCACGCCAUCAGCCAUUACUGGAUACCACUGUCCAAAAGAAGGGGAUGGUGUCCUCAGAACAGAAGAGAGAUGGGGGUAUCGUUUUCAGGCUAUAAGUAUAGAUUUUCAGCGUUUUUGGUGGGUUUUGUAAAGGAGUCCCUGUGAUAUGUGUCCAGCUUCGUCAACAGCCCAUUCCUGCCCUCAUUAAACAGAUCUGAAGGUUGAUAAACACAUACAGUACAAAUAAUAAUUAGAGCAGAAAUUUUUCUUGUUCAACUACAGUUCUCCCCACACCAAAAUAACUUUUCCAGUUCAUCUUAAUUAUGCAUUGUAAUUAUCACUCACUGUUAACGUGCAAAAAUCCCAUGGCCAUAUGUUUACAGAGAAAGCAGGAUAAUUGCUGAUCUGAAGGCUUCUGUACUGAAUACAAAAUGUCAGGUUCUUUCACAUUAUUAAAAAUUAAAAUCAGCACUCUCUUUAAUGGUGGCACCUGCAUUUCACAUACGUUGCUCAUUUUGUGAUGUACUGCUCCAUACACCCAUAUCGUACUUCAAUAGCAGCAGAGAUCUGCCUCCCUUGAAUCUAAAUGUGCAAGCAGUGACUGAAACCGUGAAUAUAUUCUUACAACAGGACUCUCAUUUGUGAAGUGGUGACAUGGAAGAUCGACCUUUAUAACCCCACUCUCUGACGUUCUCUACACACAGGGCUGAUGACACCUGCAGUUACUUGCUAAAUGGCUUAAACAGUGCAAUCUUCCACUUCAUGUAGAUCCAAUAUCUAGCACAUACCUAACUCAUUACAUGAUUAGGUUUGCUGCACAAAACUAUCAAUAGAUUUUAUUCUGGGGAAAAGAAAGGCAGCGGUAAACAUGCUAUGACGCAGGAUUCUUGUUUCCAAGAACACAGAUGUAAAAUGGAACAAAUAUUAUGCAAACCAGGACCUGUAUGAAAACAAAAGUUACUCAGCACCACUUAAAGCAAAUAAGAUGAUAACCGUGCAGGAAAUGGCCUGCCGUACCUUGCUAUCUGUCUCAUAUGGGAGAAACCAGUAAUAAAAUAAAAAUGUAUUUGUUCAAUGUGUUUAUACAUAAGGUGGAUCACUACCACGGAAAGGGUGUGAAUGCAUUGGACUUUGAAUGUGUGAACACAUUUUAGAGAAGCACUCCUGUUAUUUUUUGUAAUUUUUUUUUUUUUUUUUUUAAUGCAAACAAAAAAAUACUAUAAUAUAUAUUAAAAUUAAUUUAUACACGUGGGUCACUACUCCAGUUAUUUAUUUUACUUUAUAUAUGUGUGCAUCGCAAAUACUCAAAAUUUAUAAUAUCAACAUAAGCUCUGUACAAAUUUAAGGAGUGGCUCAAACAAAUCGCGUGACCCAUCAUUUUGAUGUUGAACCUAUCCAUACAAAUUGCUUAUUUGUCAGCAGACCACUUUUUGUGCCAUAGUUCUCCUGCAUGAUAGAGUACUUAGGGGGUAUAUUUACUAAACCCCAAACAGCAAAGAACUAUACUAAAAUUGGGUUUGUUCACCGACAAAUAAGGACAGACUUUCAGGCAUCUUUUGGUGUGUAUUAAUCAGGGUUCCUUACAAAAUACCAAAAUUCUCAAAGUAAUUGCACAUUUUACUCCAAAAUAAUCAAACCAGAGAAACUUCUCCAACUCUGCUAUUUAGGUCUCAAAGGUACAAUUCCCUGGUAGUUUACUCAGUUUUCAGGUUACUAAAUAAAUUUUUUUUUUUUUUUAUACUAUUCAAAACCAGGGAAAAGCCUCUGUAAAUGUUUUAAAAAAAUAAAUUUUUAUUUAUAUAUAAACAGGGGGGGAGGCUGCACUCACCUGAACAUGCAUUAAUGGGGUGCUGCUGGAGGCAAAAUUAUACAAUACACAAGAUCCAGCGCACUCACCUAUCCACUAAACCGCAACUUCAAUGUUGACAGAUUUUAUUAUAUAUAUAUAUUUUUUUUUUUUUUUUUAAACUCCUAAUCUAGGCAAAAAUAAUGGGAGUUUAGUUAAAUUAUAUGAUCAUACAUUGUGGCAGGCAUAUGCAAUGUAUGAUCAUAUAAUGUAACUAAACCCCCAUUAUUUUGCCUAGAAUAGGUGAUUAAAAAAAAUAAAAAAUAAAAUCUGUCAACAUUGAAAUUGCUGUUUAGUGGAUAGGUGAGUGCGCUGGAUCUUGUGUUAUAUAUUAUCUUUAUUCCACUUGUAUCACAGAUGCUAUAACAUUUUGUGAAUGUAUUAUCUAACUAAAAUUCAUUGAUAUUCUGUGAAACCUUAAUGUGUUUAAAUUGGUAAAUACUCUGCUCUAGUUUUGCUGAUGUGAUGUGCAUCUGAGUGUGUAACAGAAUUGUUUUUUAUCCAGGAAAUAGGUUUUCUCUGUAACCCACAUUCUGAUCCCGUCUGUAGAGUUUAGCCCUAAACACAAUGUAUAUUUAGUGUCUCUGUACCUUACAGGAUAAUUACCAGCUGUACACUCUGUUUCUGCAGGGCUCCUAUGGAGUGGUGAAACUUGCAUACAACGAAGAUGAUAACACGUACUAUGUAAGUAAGGAGUUAACACCUCCUGCCGACACAGGAUUAGUGCAAACAAAGUGCACUGGGUGGGUUUAACAGAAUAAUAUUCCUUUUUUAUUCCUUCAAAGAAGUACUGGCCUUUUGUUUGUGGAUGAGUAUGUCACUCAGUUCUGAUAAAACAUUUUAAUCAAUAGUCAGAUGCUUUUAAAUGCGCUAUUAUGAAAUGCCUGCCGUUAAUUUACACAUUAAUGAGCUUCAGUCCUUGAGAAUAAAUAGAAUGCAAAUGUCUUGCGUAUUGUUCAUAUCGUUGUGCUUCCUGCAUAUAAAAGUAUUCUUGAGGUUGACUAAUCCAUCUAGCCUGCCCCCAUCCCCUUAGAGGGAGGGGAGGUAACUUUUUUGUUUGUUUGUUUGUUUGUUUUUUUAUUUAUUUUUUAAUCAUUUUCUCCUCAAACGAGCUUCUGAAGCACCGUCUUGUGAUUGCGAUAUGGCGCUCCUUAACAUUUACAGGGUUAUUAAGUGAUAGUUCAGAGGUCACAGCAGUGAAACUUGAAAAUUUUCAGUCAGUAAGUAAGUAGGGCCGGACUGAGACCUAAAAGCAGCCCGGAACAAAUUCUACACCAGCUCAAUAAUGCAUAGCGCCAGCAUAGUUUGCUGAUCAAGAGGUGGAAAAGAUAACUUAAAAUGGAAAACUAUUACUCCAACGAAGGGAAGCACUCAUAGGGCUUUAAAAUAAACAAAAGAGCGGCUUUUUUAAAAGCAGACGUAUAUUUGCAUGUAAUCAACGUUUCAGUCCAACUACCUUGACAUAUUAAGAAAAGUUUGGAAAUGAGACUGCAAUGGUGAAGAUAUGUGGUUGCACAGCUGUAAAAAUGAAGUUAUUUGGUUUAUUUUGAAUUUCUAGGAGUGUGCGCUUCACUUCGAAUAUGUUAACAUGCUGGAGUAUGCACCAAGACUGAGCCAAUGCGUGCUUCUUACAUAUAUGUUAUAUAUUAAUGAGAUUUAUGUGUGUAUUAUGUAUAUACACUGCCUGGCCAAAAGUCACCACCUGGGUUUAAGCAAAUAGUUACUGCAUGGGCGAUUAUCUUUCAGCUGGCAACAAGUUAUUUAACCCCAACUGAUGCAAUGAGUAGCUGCUCAUUUCUGUUUGAGAAGGGUCAAAUCAUUGGCAUGCAUCAAGCAGAGAAAACAUCCAAGGAGAUUGCAGAAACUACUAAAAUUGGGUUAAGAACUGUCCAACGCAUUAUUAAAAACUAGAAGGAUAGUGGGGAACCAUCGUCUUUGAGGAAGAAAUGUGGUCGGAAAAAAAUCCUGAUUAAUCGUAAUCAGCGGUCACUUAAACGUUUGGUAAAAUGAAAUCGUAGAAAAGCAACAGUGGAACUCAGGGCCGCAGCCAAAUGUACAAGUUGUGAUCAAAACAAAACGUUAGCAAAACCUGGUAUUUGCGCCAUAUGUCUGUCCAACCGUAAUUCACCUCUUUCAUAUUAUGUGCACCCACACUUAUUCUAUAUCAUUUUGUUCAGGGGAAACAGGGCUUUCAUUUAACAUCAAAUAUUUAGGUAUGAAACAUAAUUUAAUAUGAAUAAAUAUAGAAAAAAGGGAGAAAAUAUAUUUUUUUAAUUUUCUUAGUUCUACGUGACAUUUUAACUGUGUCAAAAUACUGUUUGCUUUUACUGCAAUAAAAUACACAUAUUUGUAUUCAGCAACGUCUCACUUGUAAAACAGAUCCCCUAUGUACAGGUUUUAUGGUGUUUUGGGAAGUUACAGGGUCAAAUAUAGCGUGUUACAUUUUUUAUUUUUUUCACAUUGAAAUUUGCCAGAUUGGUUAUAUUGCCUUUGAGAGCGUAUGGUAGCCCAGGAAUAAGAAUUACCCCCAUGAUGGCAUACCAUUUGCAAAAGUAGACAACCCAAGGUAUUGCAAAUGGGGUAUGUCCAGUCUUUUUUAUAGUAGUCACUUGGUCACAAACACUGGCCAAAGUUAGUGUUAAUAUUUGAAAAUGCAACAAAACUAAUUUGAACAUCAAUUUUGGCCAGUGUUUGUGACUAAUUGACUACUAAAAAAGACUGAACAUACCCCAUUUGCAAUACCUUGGGUUGUCUACUAUUGCAAAUGGUAUGCCAUUAUGGGGGUAAUUUCCAGUUCUGGGCUACCAUACGGUCUCAAAGGCAACAUAACCAACCUGGCGAAUUUCAAUGUGAAAAAACUGAAACGCAAGCCUUAUAUUUGACUCUGUAACUUUUGAAAACACCUUUAAAACCUGUACAUGAGGGGUACUGUUAUACUCUGGAGACUUCGCUGAACACAAAUAUUAGUGUUUCAAAACCGUAAAACGUAUCACAACAAUUAUAUCGUCAGUGUAAGUGCCAUUUGUGUGUAACAAAUGCAAAAAAUGUCACUUCCACUGACGAUAUCGUCGUUGUAAUACAUUUUACUGUUUUAAAAAAACUAAUAUUUGUGUUCAGCGAAGUCUUCCGAGUAAAACAGUACCCCCAUGUAUAGUGCUAGCAAAUUAAAUUCCCUGAACUUUCGGCCUGGGUUGUCAGGCAGGUUCUGCAAAUUGUAAUUAAUAAAAUGACCUAACUAUGUAAAAAUAUUACGUAAAUAUAUACGUAGAAUUAUAUAUAUAUGUGUGUGUGUGUGUAUGUGUGUAUAUAUAUAUAUAUAUAUAUAUAUAUAUAUAAUAUGUAAUAUUUAAUUAUUUUUAUUUAUAUAUAGUGAUAUAUACUUAUGGAUAUAGAUAUUUUAUUCUAAAUGUAUUUUUAUAUCUAUAUAUAUAUAUAUAUAUAUAUAUAUAUUAAUUUUAAAAUACAGUUAUAACGAAAUUACACAUGUAUAUAUAUUUUUAAUUUAAAAAUAAUUUUUUUUAACGUAUUUACAUGUUUAUUUUUUUUAUAUAUAUAUAUAUAUAUAUAUAUAUAUAUAUAUAUACACACACUAGAAAAGCUACAAUUUCUGGGGAAAUUGUGUAAAGUGUUCUUGCCUACAACUGGAAUCGGUGGAGUAACUGUUAUUAUUUAUUUAUAUAGCAUAUUUAACCCCAUUCAGGACCGAGGACGGUUCAGGAACGUCAUCGGCAUUUUUGCAUUGCCGACCGGUGACGGUCCUGAACCGUCCUAACGGUCCAAUGUACUUACCCGAUCGCCAUCGUUCCCCCGGAGGCGAUCGGUGUUGCUCCCGUUGUGGGGAGACUGCCUGCAGCCCAGACAGUUUCCCCAUGGCGAAUUAGGACCCUUGGGUCCAUGUGAUCGCUCGACAGAGCGAUCACAUGGUCACAAUAGGUGUCCAUGUGUCUGCCUGCAGGGGGACUGCCUUUGCUGACAGAGAAUUUAAUAUAUAUCAUAUAUAAUGUCAUACUAAGUGUAUUUUUAUAUUAAUAUGUACAUAUAUUAAUAUAAAAAUACACUUAUAAUUAAAUUACACACGUGUAAUAAUAUAUAUAAUAACUAUAUAUAUAUUGUAUAUAAAUAUUAUUAUUAUAAAAUACAAAUAAGUAAUUACAAUUAAAUCAAAACAUGUAAAAAUAAUAAAUUAAAAAAUAUAUAUAUAUAUCUAAUCUAAAAUUUUAUUCUAACUGUAUUUUGAUAGUUUUAUAUAUAUAUAUAUAUAUAUAUAUAUAUAUAUAUAUUUAUAUCAAAAUACACUUUGAAUGAAAUUGUGUAUAUCUAUGUGUGUGUGUGUGUGUGUGUGUGUGUGUGUAUAUAUAUAUACAUAUAGAGAAAUAGUAGCAAAGAGAGCACUCCAAAGGACUUGUUGAAAAAAUUUUUUAUCGGUGUACAGAAAAAAUCGACGUUUCGACCCGCAGGUCUUUAUCAAGAUGCAUAACACAGUGAAGUGAUAACAUUUAUAGCAGUAAAUAAUUAGGGGGUAAUCACUUACCCUAAGAUAGGUGUGCAGCUACGGAACCAUGUGUACAUGCUGUGAAUAGAUGAAAAGUAGCGUGUGAGUUCCGUAACGGAGUGAUGACGUCAACCAAAUGCGACCAGGAAGAGGUGGUGAAAAGGCGUCCGGUUUCCAUAGAAACGAGUAAGUGAUCGUGUAUGGUGUGAAACAGUAAAAUAAACCAGAUAGAAAAGAUCUAUACAAGUAAGAGAGAGAGAAUAAUGGCCAUGGUAUAUCUUAAAACGGACAUAUAUUAAGUAUGAACAGAAAGUCCAGAGAAAAUAAACAUAUAGAAAGCGAUGAAGAAAAAAGUAUUAAGUAAAAAAGAUCAAACCAUAAAAAGAUAGUGAAAAAGAAAAAAAAGAGAUAGAAAGAAGGAAGAAAAUGGAAGAGAUAAAAAAGGAAAAGAAAACUACCGUGACAACUAAAGAAGUGGAGCAAUAACACUAUGUAUCAAAAUAGUGAAACCGUGAAACAGAGUAAAAAGAGAGAAAAUGAAACAUAUAGAAUAACGAAGAAAAUAAGGACCAUCGGUAAAUACAUAUAUUAGAAUAACCACAAACAUUGUGUAUACAUAUACAUUGUACUAUCAAUAUCCAGUAUGCAUAAUAAGUACACCAUGGAACUGCUAAUAAAAGCAGAAAAUCCCUUAUGCAGAAAAAUGACAAGAUUAAAUAAUUAGACCUUUAAAAAUGAGAACGAGAAGAUAGUAAGAAGCAGGACCAAAAAUUACACAGAUAAACAACAAAUCAAAUUAGCGUAUAUCUAAAAAUGGAUGGAAAGACAAAUAUUCAUUCAGGCCCUUGGGAUAUAAAGUGUCCAAUGCUUUAAUCCAGUAAACCUCCCGCUGAAGUAGAAUCUUAGAUCGAUCCCCCCCUCGGCUAAGAGGGGGAAUGUGAUCAAUAGCAAUAAAUUUAAGGGUGGGAAGCCGAUGAUUCGCCUCUAAGAAAUGUUUAGCCACCGGUUUAUCGGUCUUGCCAUCCCUAAAGGCGGUCAUAAUCCCCGAUCGGUGACCACGCAUUCUAUCCCGCAAUGUAAGAUCAGUCUUUCCCACAUAAUAAAGUCCGCAAGGACAAGAUAUUAAAUAAAUCACAUGAGUGGUAAGGCAAGUGAUGUGAUGUUUAAUAAGAUAACGUUUCCCUGAAUGUGGAUGAGCAAACAAAUUUUUUUCAACAAGUCCUUUGGAGUGCUCUCUUUGCUACUAUUUCUCUAUCUAUUUACGCUUUGCAGCACCGAGGCGUUUUUUGGGAUCAUCAUUUUUUAAAGGUAGAGUGCCGGAUUUUGUACAUAUUUAUAUAUUUUACAGUGUAUGGCGAUACACUUUCUGUGCACCUCCAUUUGAACUAUUUUAUAGUUCUUAUAAUGCCAUAUUCGUUUGGUUACUUGUACUCUGGAUAGGUGUUUCUCCAGACUCAACCUCUCUUUAAACAGGAUGGAAGAUUUUUUAUUAAGGGCUGGAGCCCUUUCUGAAACUGCAGAAACUUUGCAAUUAAAUGAACAAGAUGCAGAUAAAAUCUUGUGGCCUAACACUACUACAGAACUGGCACAUAUAGACUCUAUUAGAGACUUAUAUAAUGAUUUAACUAAAUUGAAGAGACGAGAGACAGACUUAGAUUUGCACGGUAUUUUUAUCUCUGAUUACUAUCGGGCUAAACGGAUCCCCAGAGGUUUUAGAGUCCGUAAUUCACCUACGAUUGGACGUCAAAAUCCAGAAUUUUGUAAAAAAUGGACUGGGAUUGCAAACAAAUGUUCAUUGGACUGGAUGCUGAUAGUAGUUGAGGAAGUGCGAAAUGAAUUAAUUUUUACUAAGGAAUCCAUUAAUAAGUUUGAAGUACUGCAUACUUCUAUUCUUACAGCUGCCACCUCUACCCAAUAUAUGGUCAAAUUACAGGAUGAAAUCACUAGAUAUAGAAAUGAUUUGAUUAGAUUUAAAAAACAAAAAUUAGAACGUGUUAAUCUUGAUUAUACCCACCACCAGGUUUACCAUUGGUUAUGUGGGGAGCGACGUAAACCUAAUUUUUCAAGAUAUAAACAGAAGGUUCGCAAACCUCAGUUCCUAUCGAUUGACACGAGUUCUGCCGACUCUACCUCGGAAACUGAAAGGGUGGGAGCAUCCCAAGACGUGCAAGAAUCAUUACCUGGACAUUCUACAAGACCACCUUUUUUCCCCCAAGAUCAACAUACCAACGACCCGCCGGGAUUCAACACAAGGAGAAGAAGAGAUCUAAGAGACCCACAAUCACUAGACGUGGGCAGAGGGGUAAAAAAUAUAGGUACUCGUCCCAAGCCAUCGAACAGGAGAAUUUGACUCCUAUUUUUAACUUAUCUUCAAAAAUAUUGAACUCUGAUCACAUCAAAGUACUUUCAAAAGGUCUUACAUUUGUUCCCACCCCUAAACCCGAUGUAUUCAAGACAGACAUUGAUUUAUAUAAAAUGGAAAGAACCCUUAAUCUACAAACAUUUAAAUCAGAUGUACAACAGCAUAUAAAACAUCAUUUUCGUUUGAAAAGUAUAUGGGAACCGAAAACCACACAUCCAUCUAUUAAAUCUUUUUCUUAUCUAGUUAAAAAUGAUGUCCGCCAAAUUUUGUCGGACUCCAAGUCCAUUUCACCAAAUUUAACAUCUAAGGAAUAUAAAGCUCUUAAGGAACUUGCAGACGAUUCUAAUAUAAUCAUCAGACCAGCGGGCAAAGGCGGGGCCAUAGUACUACAAGACUAUGAACCCUACCGAUUAGAGAUUCUUAGACAAUUGUCCGACAAUACGACAUACAAAAAAAUUGCCUUUGAUCCUACAAAUAACAUCAUGGAGAAAUUACAGUCAUUGGUUCAUAGAGGGGUCAGUGCUGGUUGGUUGGAUGAUCACAUGGCCAAGUAUUUGAUUGAUUUGUAUCCUAAAAUCCCUUUACUGUACACUUUGCCUAAGGUACACAAAGACCCCCUCAAUCCUCCUGGCCGACCUAUCGUCUCUGCCAAGCGUGGCAUUUUAGAACCGUUGGCUAAAUUUGUUGAUUAUCAUUGCAAGACACCUACCUUACUCAUACCAACAUGCCUCAAAGAUACACAGGACCUUCUUACUCACUUGAGACAAGUCUCUCUUCCGGAUGGACCCAUCACUUUAGCAACUGUAGAUGUAAAAAAUCUGUAUACUAUCAUACCGCACAAAGAUGGGUUAGAUGCUAUGAGACAAGUCUUAAUUCAUUCUGAUCAAUAUAAGGGGCCUCCCAUUGAAUAUCUUCUCGAAUGUUUGGAAUUUACUUUGAUUAAUAACUACUUCCGUUUUGAGAAAUUUUUCUAUCUCCAACAAACAGGCACGGCGAUGGGAUCGGCGAUAGCUCCUAAUUAUGCCAACAGCUAUAUGUUUUCGUAUGAACAACAACAUAUUUUAUCAAAAUACCAGGCCAAUCUCAUAUUAUAUUGUAGAUAUGUGGAUGAUAUCCUCAUGAUAUGGUCAGGUCCUGUUUCAUCUUUCGACACCAUGAUAGAAGAUCUUAAUCAGAUUAAUUCACCUGUACGUUUUAGCCAUUGUUGUGAUGCCAACAAGAUUGAAUUUCUUGAUGUCUUAAUAUAUCGGAUGCACAACUCAAUUGGCUAUACUCUAUACAGAAAGACUUCUGAUCGUAACACCUUAUUACACGCCACCAGUUUCCAUCCAGGUGCUCUUAAGAGAUCACUUCCUAUCUCACAAUUUCUUCGAGUACUGAGAAACAACUCAGACCCAGAUAACACCAAGGCACAGAUUAUUGUGAUGCAACAAGCCUUUCGAGAUCGAGGGUAUUCGAAGUAUACACUUAAGCGAUCGUUGGACAGAGCCUACGAUAUCUACAAUAAGUCUUGUACUACAACAACUAUGCUAUCUCAGCAACCUACGAGAAUUACAGUACCAUUGCUGUAUCAUACAGCAAGUGACCAAAUUGCAAAGGUUAUCCGUAAAAGGUGGGACUUAUUGGCUUCUGAUCCCACAUUAUUACCUGUUUUCUCUCAUCCUCCUCGGAUUUCGUUUAGACGGAAUCGUAACUUAAGAGAUAUGUUGGUUAAAAAUGAUUGCCCCACUCAAUACACAACGGAAAAAGCUCAUACUAAAUUGGGUUGCUUUAAGUGCCCCAAUUGUGUCACGUGUGGACAUAUGCUUACCGGACCCUCGUUUGCUCAUCCACAUUCAGGGAAACGUUAUCUUAUUAAACAUCACAUCACUUGCCUUACCACUCAUGUGAUUUAUUUAAUAUCUUGUCCUUGCGGACUUUAUUAUGUGGGAAAGACUGAUCUUACAUUGCGGGAUAGAAUGCGUGGUCACCGAUCGGGGAUUAUGACCGCCUUUAGGGAUGGCAAGACCGAUAAACCGGUGGCUAAACAUUUCUUAGAGGCGAAUCAUCGGCUUCCCACCCUUAAAUUUAUUGCUAUUGAUCACAUUCCCCCUCUUAGCCGAGGGGGGGAUCGAUCUAAGAUUCUACUUCAGCGGGAGGUUUACUUGAUUAAAGCAUUGGACACUUUAUAUCCCAAGGGCCUGAAUGAAUAUUUGUCUUUCCAUCCAUUUUUAGAUAUACGCUAAUUUGAUUUGUUGUUUAUCUGUGUAAUUUUUGGUCCUGCUUCUUACUAUCUUCUCGUUCUCAUUUUUAAAGGUCUAAUUAUUUAAUCUUGUCAUUUUUCUGCAUAAGGGAUUUUCUGCUUUUAUUAGCAGUUCCAUGGUGUACUUAUUAUGCAUACUGGAUAUUGAUAGUACAAUGUAUAUGUAUACACAAUGUUUGUGGUUAUUCUAAUAUAUGUAUUUACCGAUGGUCCUUAUUUUCUUCGUUAUUCUAUAUGUUUCAUUUUCUCUCUUUUUACUCUGUUUCACGGUUUCACUAUUUUGAUACAUAGUGUUAUUGCUCCACUUCUUUAGUUGUCACGGUAGUUUUCUUUUCCUUUUUUAUCUCUUCCAUUUUCUUCCUUCUUUCUAUCUCUUUUUUUUCUUUUUCACUAUCUUUUUAUGGUUUGAUCUUUUUUACUUAAUACUUUUUUCUUCAUCGCUUUCUAUAUGUUUAUUUUCUCUGGACUUUCUGUUCAUACUUAAUAUAUGUCCGUUUUAAGAUAUACCAUGGCCAUUAUUCUCUCUCUCUUACUUGUAUAGAUCUUUCCUAUCUGGUUUAUUUUACUGUUUCACACCAUACACGAUCACUUACUCGUUUCUAUGGAAACCGGACGCCUUUUCACCACCUCUUCCUGGUCGCAUUUGGUUGACGUCAUCACUCCGUUACGGAACUCACACGCUACUUUUCAUCUAUUCACAGCAUGUACACAUGGUUCCGUAGCUGCACACCUAUCUUAGGGUAAGUGAUUACCCCCUAAUUAUUUACUGCUAUAAAUGUUAUCACUGCACUGUGUUAUGCAUCUUGAUAAAGACCUGCGGGUCGAAACGUCGAUUUUUUUCUGUACACCGAUAAAAACAUUUUUCAACAAGUCCUUUGGAGUGCUCUCUUUGCUACUAUUUCUCUAUCUAUUUACGCUUUGCAGCACCGAGGCGUUUUUUGGGAUCAUCAUUUUUUAAAGGUAGAGUGCCGGAUUUUGUACAUAUUUAUAUAUACAUAUAUAUAUAUAAAUAAAAAUAAUACGUCUAUGACAUCACUUGCUGCUCCAGCCUGGCACAGGUCAGAGUAUUUUGUCGGUUGCCGUCUUCAAACUGUCGUAUUUUAAAAACUAUAAAUCCUACAGCGAAGAGCUUUACAUUGUGAUAAUCACAAGACCCAGACCUACAUUUUGAUGCAUAGUCUCUGAAGUAUUAAAAAUGAAGGCACAGUCGCAGUUAAGAAAUUGCCCUUUAAGUUUGGGCUGGCUAGAGUGAAGUUUCAAUGAAUGUCAAUGGACGGCGUGAGUUGCAAACAAAUGGUCAUAUUACUUUUUUUCACCAACAUAUGCCAAAGUAUGUGGUAAAAAAUAAUUUGGGGCAUUUUUUACAUACGGAUUACAUUUUCGUUGGGCAUUUUGUACAUUUCAUAUGUGCCACUAAGUUCAAACCCCCCAAAUUAUGCUCCGCUAAGUCUUCUGAGUAAAACAAUAUGCCCAAUGUAUGACCUAGACACUAUUUUGUGAAGUUACACUGCUGUAAAAGAGACGUGACAAGUUAAGGUUUUUAAGUGUGAAUUUUCAUGGAGGGUUUUGAUGCGUCCGUGUCCCACUUUGGAGCACUUGAGCAGGCUACAUAUUACAACUACACCAUAAAGGCAUACCAUUUCUUAAAGAAGACAUCCCAGGGUAUUUCAAAAGGUAUAUUUUGAACGUUAGUGUGGGAUAACUUUUCCGCUAGCUUGUACCAAGUGUAGUGGUAAUAAGCUUGUUUUUUGCCUUUUUGACACACAAAGUUUGCACAGUAUAUUUUGCAAAUCGUAUGUGUGCUACGACUGUAUAAUACUUCAUAUGUUGCUCAGCUAUGUCGGCUGAGUACAGCAAUACCCCCGUAUGUACCUUUGCCUGGUAUAUGUGGAUAUCGGAGGGGCACAUUUGGGACACAGCCAUUCCAGUUCUUUUCAAACUUUGAAUUUUUACGCUGUGUCCAUGUCCCAUUUUAGAGUAUUUUACCAGGCUAUAUAAUCCAAAUACCCCAUAAAGCCAUACCAUUUCUUAAAGAAGACAUCCCAGGGUAUUUCAAAAGGCCUAUUUUGAACCUUAGCGUGGGAUCAUUUUUCCGCUCGCUUGUACCAAGUGUAGUGGUAAUAAGCAUUUUGUCUGCCUUUUUGACACACAAAGCGAGUUUGCGCAGUAUAUUUUGCAAACCUUAUGUGUACUACGACUGUAUACUACUUCAUAUGUUGCUCAGCUAUGUCGGCUGAGUACAGCAAUACCCCCGCAUAUACCCUCGCAAGGACCUCGCAAUCACAUGGCCCAGAGGGGCCGAAGAGGAAGGAGGGGGACUCCCUUGGCUCCCAGGUGAGUCCCCAUACCACGAUUGCCAGCGACCGGGUAAGUACAUAAGAUCACAGGGCAUUCUAUGCCGUGCUGCGGCGUUUAGAGACGAUUCCUUAAGGAUGGCAUAGAACGCCCUGCGGUCUUAAGGGGUUAAUAGUGAAAGUAAGAGCAUUUCCACAGGCAUAAUGCAAAGGGAACUUAAGGAAUCGAGACUGAACAGCAACAUUAUGUGCCCAAAGAAGGAGGUUAGCUGACUACCUGAAUGUACUGAAUUAUAUUUUCUUCCCUGAUGGCACGGGCAUAAUCCAAGGUGACAAUGCCAGGAUUCAUUGGGCUCAAAUUGUGCAAGAGUGGUUUUGGGAGCAUGAGACAUCAUUCACACAUGGAUUGGCCACCACAGAGUCCAGACCUUAACUCCAUGGAAAACCUUUGGGAUGUGCUGGAGAAGACUUUGGGCAGUGGUCUGACUCUCCCAUUAUCAAUACUAGAUCUUGGUGAAAAAUUAAUGCAACACUGGACGGAAAUAAAUCUUGUGACAUUGCAGAAGCUUAUCGAAACAAUGCCACAGCAAAUGCGUGCUGUAAUGAAAGCUAAAGGCGGUCCAACAAAAUAUUAGAGUGUGUGACUUUUUUUUGUUUUUUGUUUUUUGGGCCAGGCAGUGUAUAAAUGUAUAUUAAUAUGUGUAAAUAUUAUAGACAUAAUUUUAUUUAUAUAUAUAUAUAUAUAUAUAUAUAUAUAUAUAUUACUAAUACACGUAUUAAUAUACAUGUAUGUAUGUGUAGAUAUAAAUGUGUGUGUAUUACUGUCAGAAUCACAUCAAUUACACCUGUCUUCACAUUGUGUUAGCAAACUGUAUAUAUUGGAAGGAAAAUCUAUUUAAUAAGAGGUCUUUCUCUCACCUGUCAAUUAGUUCUUCGGCAUAAACUCCCGUACUGAAGAACGGAGUUACAGAGAGAGCAGGAGACACUGGCGAAAAUGCAUCUUCUCUUGUGUUUCUCAUAACUCCCUUUUGAAUUUCUUGCCUUUUUUUGUUUUAGUCCCAUUAUUGAUUGAAAAAAAUUUUUUUUUCUUUUUUUUAAACCUCCUUUCGUGUAUCUUGUCUCCAAUUUUUCUUACAACCCGCCCUUGUGUCUCUCUUUUUUUCAAGAGCAUAGGGUAGUAGUAUAAAAUCUGUGUGGUAUUCAUAUGUACUGCACAUUUUAGUAUUAUAUAAACAUGAGUAUAGAACUUUAGGCAUGAUAUAGACUAAUGAUAAGUAGCAUAACUAUAAUAGUAUGGUAUAUCAUGCUAGAGUAAUCUGUUAAAGAGUAGAACCACUGAAGUCAGGUCUAUAUUGGGCUACUGCACUUCAUGCAAAAAUAAAAAUAAGCAAAUAUAUUCAACAGAUAUAGUGACCCUCAGCAAGGCAUAAAUAUUAUAUAAGACAAAAUGUCAUCAGCCUAUAGUUUGAGGCAAGAAAUGUAGAGCGCUUGCUUAAGAGUUCCCUUGAACAUCAGAGGCGUAGCGCCACGGCAGGUCACCCCCCCAGCCCCAUGCCUGAAUGAGGACCGACAUCCAGGAACCACAGAUAUGGUGAUUUGUAGGUGGCAAGUCUUCCCCCAGCAGGGGUAAGUGAAAGAACCACGUGGUAAGCACCUCUUUCGGCGUAUGAGCUUCGGCUUGUGUGGUCGGCACGUGGAGGUACCCUAGGGAGGCAGACUGGGACAGCAGGCCCAUGUGUGUUUUGGCAUUUUCAAAGAUUUGCUCAGUGGGGGUUUCCUCCUCUCCGGCACCGCGCGCCUUUUAUCACCUCCCUGCGUUUGAAGCAGAACAUGCUUUGCAACGUAACUGAAGUUUCUCCAGAAGGCCCGGAAGUGCCCCUCCAGACGCAGCAAUACGUAGUCACAUGAGGCCAGGGCCCCAGUUUCAUGAAGAGCAGCUGCCAUCUUAAAUGUCAGGUGUAGUAUGUUUCGAGGGCAACUCAGAGCAAGUGCAGCAGAAGUUGCUCAGAACAGUCCAGUGGUGACCGGGAUAACCCCCGCCAUUCAAAGGAGUGCUGCCGCUCUGUGACCGGAAAUGGAGAGCGGGGAGAGCGGCCGCCUCUCCCUAACACCAAACCACUUGUGUAUCUCUUUUAACUCCCCUUGUGUAUUCUUAACUUCAUCUCAGCCCAUGGGUGUCUCUUUUUACCCUUCUCCAGCCCUCUGUGUAUGUCUCUUUCCCCCAGCCCCUUUUGUGUAUGUCUUAGUCCCAGACCCUUUUCUCUUUCUCCCAUUCCGAAAGCCCUCUGUGUGUCUUUCUAAUUCCAGACCCUCUGUGUGCCUCUUUCUCUUUUCCCAGCCAUUCUUUGUCUCUUUUUCCCCCCCAGCUCAGCUUUGCCCCCCUACAAACCUUGUGUGUCCCUUUGUUCCCCUUCCCUUCUGUAUGUCUUUUUGUCCCCCCAACAAACCACCUCUGUCUCUCUUUCUCCCCCUCACUGCUCCUCUGUAUCUUUCUCCCUCUCCUCCCUCUCCUCCCUGUGUCUCUCUUCCCCCUCUGUCUCUUUCUCCCCCUCUGUCUCUUUCUCCCCCUCGUGUCACUUUCUCCACCCUCUCUUUCUCUCCCACUCCUCCUGUGUCUCAUUCUCCUUCCCUACCCAUGUCUCUUUCUCCCCCUCUGUCUCUUUCUCCCAACUCCCCCUGUAUCUCUCUUCCCCCUCUGUCUCUUUCUCUCCCUCCCCCUGGGUCUAUUUAUUACCCUCUGUCUCUUUGUCCCCCCUCCCCUUGUGUAUCUUUCCUACCCCUCUGUCUCAUUAUCCCCCCGUGUCUAUUUCUCCCCACUUUACCACCCUGUGAGGUUGACCUUGUCUGACAGUCUGUCAGAUAGCAUAGGAGGACUGACAGAUGGAGCAGACCUGACUAUCAUGCACACUACUCUAUGAUGUGUCCAUGCUGGGAAUUGUGGGAACCGCGAGGGAGCAUGCUCCAUCCCUCAGUCCUCCUGUGCUUUCCAGCUAAGCGGCCACCUGGCCCGGCAGCACCACAUGCAUUACAAGAGUUGCGGCCACCAGACCGGCAGCACCUACAUGCAGGCGGCGGCUACGAUAUUACUGAAAAUGGCAGCAGGGCAGGGAGCCCCCAGGGAAGAAUUAGAGUGCUGCUCAGCCCCUGGUAUCGCGGCCCACCAGGAAAUUUCCUGGUAUCCCGGUGGGCCAGUCCAACCCUGUAAGCUAUAUACGUUUGGCCUUACUGUGGCCUUACAUUUGCAUUUGACUAUGAAUUCUCACUUUAGUGAAUAACCCUGUGAAAGUGUAUUUUAUGGUUUCCAGCGGAACAUUUAACGAUCACUAUCCAUACUCUGAAAUGAUUGACCUAAUACACCGUGUGUCAGCUGUGUUUAUUUUCUGUGUUGCCUCAAGUCACUUAAAGGAACACUACAGUGUCAGGAACACAAGAAUGUAUUCUAUGAAACGGCAGUGUGUGCAUGGAUAUGCCUACAGGGAAUGAUUGUACUCAGCAGAAGAACUACAUUAAGCUGUAGUUGUUCUGGUGACUAUAGUGUCCCUUUAAGGCAUUUUUAUAUAUUGUGGGGAUAUUGUACAGGUAUACACAGUUGUUCAAAAUUAAUGUUCAUAAGGUGUCCUGUUCAGCAUGCAGAUAACAAAUGAAAGAAAUUUGCACUUAGAUUUUGAAACUUUGCAUAAAUUACAGAAAACUUUUGUUUUAUAAUGCUCAGCAAAAUAUAAUUAUGUACGCAGUAAUUCAUCCAAAUUGCUAUGACAGGAAAUACAUGUAAAUGCCAUAUGUUCAUAGAUGUAACCGAUUUAAUGAGAACACACUCCAUCAUUAAAGAAGCACUCCAAGCACCAUAACCACUACAGAACACUGGUGCUUGGCAUGUACUUUUAAGGUAACCAACAGACCUUUGAAAAAAGAAAAAAAAAUAUUUAAUGAAUGGCUUUUUAUUUUGUUCCAAAUAAAAGUCCAUAUUAAUGACUAGUUUUAGUGGAACCCUAAAUGUCAUGAAUCAGGGAUGAAUGUGAUUCAACUUUGGAUAAACUCCUUAUGAUAUGGAAGUGUGCUGACAAAACAUACUAGUACAUUAUUUUCUGCUUUUAUUCACUCACUGUGCACUCAUUACAGUAUCAAUGCACAAGCAAAUAGUGCAAGGAGGAAAUACAUAAUGUUCUUGCUUUAUUUUCUAUGUCUGAUUUACAUCGUAGGCAAUGAAAGUUCUGUCAAAGAAGAAGCUAAUGAGACAAGCAGGAUUCCCACGUGAGUGUCAAAUGAACCCCUAGACCUAACUCUUAUGGUGUCUGUCCUCACCAUUUCCAACCCAGAUCUCCAACCCAGAAGACACUUGUAGUCUGCUCAAUAUAAGAAUUCUGCAUUUGUCUUAGCAAAGGGAGUCGUUGUAACUGGUAGAGCGAUGGCCUCCGUUAGCUACAGGAUUUCACAGUUUGAAAUAAAAAGACGAUAAACUGCAUUUAUUUUGUAAUUUCACACAAAUACUGGUUAAUAGAGGUAGAUAAAACUUAUAAACUCUGCAGAGGUGUAAAUAGAAGGUGAUCAAAUGUAUAAACCGCACACACUUAUUCUUUGUGUUCUGGCUAGAUUAGUAGGAGUCCAGCUUAAUUCCAUUCUGCAAUUACUGGGGCCAACGUCUCACUGCACAACAUGGUGAUGCACAUUGUUUUAUCUCUAGAGCCUACUGCCAAGCUUCAGAGAUACACAGAAAAAUGAUCAGAUAUGUGUUUUCGUUGCUAUCUCUCUCUCAAAAACAUGCUGCCCUAUUAACACAAUAUGUGCAGACAUAAUACUGGAGACCAUUCAGACCAUGUGGCUGUAUCUGUUUUAUUCACCCAGAGAUUAAAUUACUCAGACAAUGCCUUUUUGUAUACCCAGCCAGUAAUUUGCAUAACACAAUACGUUUAUGGUUAUCUUAUAUCCUGACAUUAACCAUUUUGCUGCUGGUCUCUAGCACAGUAAAACUAACAGAAUAUUAUUGCACAACCCAAAUAUGGAGGGUAAAAAACCUAGAUCAGAAUGAGAGACUCCUGAUUGGUGGCUCCCAUUCCUAGAGUAGCAAUGGUCCAUCUCCUAUAGCACUUGCCUGUACAAGUGUUGUGUAGUUUUUGGAACGUUAAAGGUAAUAAAGAGACUCUGUCACCUUCUGGAAUCUUUGUGUAUUUUGCAAAGACUUGCGAAGGUCACAUCUCUGCUCGGUGUGCUGCAGCCUGUGGGGUAAACAGCAGAGGUUUACUUACCUGAGGUUCUCUCUUCAUGAUCUUCAGUUCAGGACCCCUUAUGAUAUCUUUUAAUUGAGGGGGAAUAUUAAACUUCAAUGCAGUCAACAUGAAUAUUUCUAUCUUUGUAAAAUACUCGAAUGUUUCCUUUUAAAAAAAAAAAAAAAAAAAUUAUGAAUUUUUUUCACUCUAAUUGGAGUGUUUUUACAUAAUUCUUUUAAAUGAAUGGUUCAUAUACUGCUUAAAAUAGGGUUCACUUCCUGCAUGUAGACUGACUAUAAUUUAAUGACUGACUAUAAGCUGCUGUACCAUUUGGAAUUUUAACAAAUAAUUAAUUACGGCUACAUAAUAUUACUGUAUUAUUGAAACCUUUUUUAAGUGUAUUGGCCACAAAGUUUUCGUUUAGCUACUGACUGUUAUUGUAACCUGUUUUAGACAUUUGAGUAGAUCUAUCAAAGAUACUGCAGGAAAGGAAUGUGCUAGCUGUUUCCACGAAGACUGCCCCACAUUUAGUACUUUAGACCAUUUGUUUUGUAAUGCACAUUUUCAUAAAUCAGCCCAAUGGACACCAAAUAUUAUUUUCUCACUGAAAUAAGCAGUUAUGUUCCAUUUUGCGCUGUGUUUACCAGGCGUCUUUAUUUCACAGGUCGCCCUCCUCCCAGAGGUGCUAAACCAGUAGCAGAUGGUGGUGCACACGCCUUGGGGCCAAUUGAGAGGGUGUACCAGGAAAUUGCUAUUCUGAAGAAACUAGACCAUCCAAAUGUGGUCAAGUUGGUUGAGGUAAAUUCUUGGCACAAUCUUUUUAAUAUUGAUGCUAUUUGUAAAUGAGGUUACUAUGCAUUGUAAAUACUGUGCCCUCAGCAAGAACAAUGUAAUGCUGAAUUAUACAAACUGAUUGCACACGGAAGGUAGUGAUUACACAGUACCCUGUCACAUACUCAGGUCAGUGUGUAAUUUAAGCAUACAUUACUACCCUAGUGGCUUUUCCAUCUCAGAAUGGAUUACAUUCUUGACCAACUUUCUGAAGCUGAAAAUUCGUUUCAGUAGCAUUACAUGGCAAAUGGCUUUGUAACAUAUCCGAAAAUCGGAAAAUGUUUAGUGCAAAAUACAUAUUUAAAAAGUAAUGCUGUACCCAUUCUGAUUCGUCCCCGUUGUGGGCACAUGGUCCGAUCAGUUCAGCUGUGCAGUGAAUAUUCAUGAUGUGGUUUCAUCAGGUCUUGGCUAAAGGUAACUUUGAACUUUUGUCCCUUUCAGAGAUACUAAAAUUCUUCAUUUUGAGUUUGACACCUACAGCGUUUUUUUUUUUGUUUGUUUUGUUUUUUAAAACAUUAUACAAAUUUAUUUUUGUGGAACAGAAAAAAAAGUGUUCUAUUUAUUAAAGGCAUGGGAUGUUUGUCUAGCACAGUGGUAGUCAACCAUUUUCUACCUACCGCCCACUAAUGCAUCUUUCUUGAUGGAAAAAUUUCCUUACCGCCCACCAGUUUUCACGCAAGUGCAGAAUAUUUUUUAGAAAGCGUUUUAAAAAAAAUAAAUGUACGUACAUUUAUCUUUUUAUUUCUACUUUAUGCAUGUUUAUAAUGUUUUUAACUUUAUAAAGUUUAAUGAGAAAACAAUAAAGUAAAUUGAAAUUACCUUUACUAGUGAUUAAUGAGAUCCUUGAGGCUGAUGCUGCAAGACUAAAUAUUUGAUAUCUGGUUCGAUUUUCGUAAGGAACAAACGAAGGUCUCCUCUUUCGGUGAUAUUCAGACAACUUUUCUGAUUGUGCAUAAUAUGAUUUCUCAUCUGUGCGUCAGCUCCCCUCCUCUCCCCCCUCAAUUCCCCUCCCCACCUUUUUGUUUCCCCUUAUUUCUAUUUUUUAACCUUCCUUAUAGCAAUGCCCAGUAGGAAGGCUGAGCUAGGUAGCCCACUUACUAUAGCUCACUAUAACAGACAGGCACACAUACAUACAUACAUACAGACACACACACAAGACACACAUACAAACACACACAAGACACACAUACAAACACACAUACAGACACAUACAUGCAAACAGACAGGCACACAGACACACAUACAAAGACACAUACACACACAACACAUACAUACAAAGACAAGACACACAUAUAUACAGACACACUAGACAUACAUACAAAGACACACACAUAUAUACAUACAAAGAUACAUACACACACGUACAGACACACACACACACACACGUACAGACACACACACACACACACACAAGACAUGCAUACAAAGAAAGACACAUACAAACAAACACACACAAAAUAUUUUAGUCACCCUCCUUUUUCCUACCUUUUAGGUGCAGGAGGAUGACUUUCCCUGGGGUCCAGUGGUGGCUCAGGUGGAUGGGAGUCAGAGUUCCCACUCUGACUCCCUCUGCUUCCUCCCGCGCGGUCUGUGUGUUAGCUGGGAGGAGUGACGUGCAGUCACUUCCUCCCAGCUCUGUGAUGUAAUCACAUGGGGCACGGUCGCGCUGUUAAAGCGCCCAGCGCUGACCGGGCCCCCUUACAAUUCACAUCCAUCGGGUGGCCCUGACAGCAUGGGCCACCCGAUGGACCCCGUGGACGGUGGCCCCGGCGGUUUGCCGAGCGGGCCGGGGCCGCAAAUGGUGAUGGCGGUACCCGGUCGCAAGGGGUACCGCCGGCUUGCACCCGCCCUCCCGCCCACCCAAUCUCUCAAAAUGAGGAAAUCCCUACCGCCCACCUGGAAUCCUGAAACGCCCACUAGUGGGCGGUAGGGACCAGGUUGACGACCCAUGGUCUAGCAAGUAAAAAAGUGAUAGAAACGGCAGAUAUUUUAUAUGUGACAAAGAACAGAAAUACAGCAUAUGCUUUGACGCGACGGAGUAGACACAAAAGCAACCUGAAAUAACAUGCUAUGACAUUGUCAGGAUCUUACCUGAUGGGGAGUCCAGCUCGCAGAGUUAUACGCUCACCCUUGCAAAGUAGACACAGACCAGGGUGACCAGGUAAGACGCCACCUGGCCUGUGAGUCUGUGCACGGGGGCUUUCCAGGAAAGGUGCUCCAAGACUCAGUACAGCAGGGAUAAGCAGAAGCGUGGUCAAGGGAAGCCAAAAUCAGGGAAGCCAGAGGUCAGAGUAGUCCAGGAGGAAAGCCAAGGUCAGAAGCCGGAAUAGACAAGAAUCACUGGAACGCAGGUACGGAGUAACAGGAACCAAACAAGGGAACCAGAGUCAAUGAACUGACACUGCCCUCAGGGAGAGGCAGUGUCUUAUACCUGGCUAAUAGGUGAUCAGCCACAGGUGUGCUGAGAUCGUUGGAGCAGCCACAGAAUAACGUCCAGCCCCGAGUGCUGGGUACAAGGCAAUAUAGACUUCUGGCUAUCUCUUGAGCUGAUAUGGUGGCUCAGAGGCAAAAUAGCAGCCCCAGGACUGCAAAGUACCCUGGUUCAAGUCCGUCACCGGGCACUUCUGGGGCGACCUCGUCUGGCCGUCGGGAUGUCGCGGUGAGAAUCGUGACAGACAUCCUUUAACUUGGGGAUAUUUCAUGGUGUGUUUUUAGAUGUAUUGUUCUUUAUAUGUUUUUCUUAUUCUGAAAGUUUUACCAUAUCUGAGUACUUGUAUAUCUUCAGCGAUAUUGGUGUUUAGUAGAAAGGAAAACUGCAUUGAUUUUUAUAAAAUGUAUGUGAAAUAGAUAUAAAUAUACCGUAACCAUUAGCAGCAUAUGGGUAUAGAGAAUACUGCCCCUCCAUCACUAAAGGGCUUUUGGGGUUAAUUAUGAAUCCUUUUCAAGAGACAUAUAGCAGAUCCUUGGUUUGGUUUCCUUGGAAACGUUUAAGCGGGAUGCAAUGUGUGCAAAAUCUGAAUAAGUGUGGCACGAUUAUCCUAGUUUUAAAAUAAGAAAAUGCUCCAUAUUCUCAAGUGUAAUGGACUGUUAAGAAUAAUAUUAAGGCAAUAAAAUUGCAUCUAUUAAUUGGAAAGUAGUGUGUUAUUAACUGUUGUAUUGUCGUUGCGGUUUGGGCAAUAAACCUAUAACACACAACAUUGUAAAGGGUUUAAUUUAAAAAAAAACAACAACAACAACGAUGUCCUGAAUUUUAUCGCAAUUCUAUUCACCCAAAACAUAACUAGUAUGCUUAUCUCCCUCCACAGAUCUAAGAGGAAAAGUCUACUCCAGGCUCCACAAAUAUUGUAGCUUAAAUACCUCAAUACAAUUGCAACUAUUGGUUUGAAUGGUUAAUUGCUGUUAAUGAAAAUAAAAAUAAACAGCCCCCAAAAAACCACCAAAUUGCUAAAGUACUCCGUCUGGGGCUAUAGUGGGCAUAAAAACGUUUUAAUCUCUCAAAGUACGGCCUCCUAUAUUCAUUUUUUGUUUUUGUCCAUGGAAAUGGAGUAAGGGUUAGUGUCAAAGAAAGUUAUGUAAAAGUAAUAGUUCAAAAUAAAUGGUUGCUAAAGGCAUUUAAAUGUCAAGGAAAAUUGUAAAUAGUGACUCUGGUGGAAUGGCAAUGAUGUCUCUAUCAUAUGGGUUGAUCUGACCUUCCUUUUGAAGCCAGAGGUAAGUGCAAGAAAGAGGCACUGCUAUGCUAUGGUAUUGAUGCAUUUUAUUAUUUUUAUUUAUUCAUUCAUUGUUAAAAAAAUAAAAUAAACUUUGAUUUGUAGUUCAAUUAUCAAUCUGCUGUGUAUGAAUGACAGAUCCCAGAUCUUAGCUAUGCUUCGUGUUGACAUAUACAACUGUUUUAGUGGACAUUUCAAGAUUGGAGGGAGGACAGAGAGGGCAAUCACCUACACAAGUACAGUAACCAGUAAAAAUGAAGUAUUAUUUUAGAAUGGGAGAAGUGGGUCAUAGGAGGCAGGGUAAAAUCAGUUGUCGCACAACUUGGACAAAAUUGUCAUAGGCAUCCCAGAGGUGUUCCAGGCUGUCCAAUUACCAGUUGAAUUUUUUACAAAACGUUGCCAAUAUAGCCCUGUGUCAGAGAUGAAAGCAGGCCCUGGAUGCAUUGGUUAAGAUGCUUUUGGUAGACUGACCUUUUAAGAUGCAGAAUGCUGCAAAACCUUUAUAUAUCUUAGGGAAAUUGAUACAAAUUGGGCCUGCAAAAGUGUAAAUUUAAGCCACACAGUAUUUGCUCCUGGAGAAAGUCCCUUUAUUUAUGGAUCUGUAAGUGGUGGUGAUUGACUAGUUGCAGUGGAUCAUGCAUCUCUAGUGGAGACAAAUGUUUGUUACUACGACGUCCACCUAUAUCUUUAUGUCUCUCACUUUCACUCAACACCUUUGUUUCCUGUCAGACCCUUUUUUUUAUUAUUUUUGUUUCGCACACUGCUAACAACAAGCAAGCUCAAGGUGCCCCGACAGCAGUCCUCGAGCAUAAUACCUUGCAGAUCAACAGGAGCAGUGGAGAAACAUGCACAUUUUUAAAUAUAUUGGUAGGGUAACUGUAGUAAGUAUGUUCAUAUACUAAGCAGUUCAGGCUAGUAGUGAAGAUACGAGGUUGCGUUAUGUUUGCUUAGGCUACAUGUUUAGACCAGACGUUUAAAUAACCAUGGGUGCCAAAUCAUAAUGUGUAUGAGUAUGUGGUACCGGUCGGCAGCUACUCCCCCUGACCGGUAUGUAUUUAGGUGCUUCAGACUUGGGUAUGUCUGUCUGUGCCAGCGUGUGUUAAUGCCAGUUGUGUGCUUGGUGUGUGUCUGCCUUGUGCUGUGCUAUCUCGGGGGAGCUGUGUAUGCAGGCCGGCAUGUGAGGGAUCUGUGGGAUAGUCCGUGUCGUGCUUGGGGGUAGGUCCCAGAUCAGCCGAUGCCCAGCUUGGUAGCAGGCAUGGAGGGUUACAUGUCGGCGAGAGGCAGAGUUCAGGUGGGUCAUCUCCAUAGCCCCGGGCUGUUGUGAAGUCCUGCAAUUGGAAGCCACCAGCUCAGAUCCUCACAUAUGAGGCAGAGUUUGUCCAUUAGCUGGAGAGUGGUAUGGUCACCAAUGUGGGUCAGUGGCUGCUUGUGGUUCUCAGUUAGCAACGAUUUUCAAGCUCUGAUGCGGGAGCUCAGACAGAGCACAUCUGAUCCGAUCAGCGGUCAGGCUCCGCCCCCUGUCAGUCCCUUUUAACCACUGUCCAUCUGUCAGUGCUUCCGAGUUUGUUCCAGGCUCCAUGUCUGUUCCCCUCCACUGGAUUACCGCUACUUACUAAUAGAUCGAUACCGCUUCUGCCUAAUAUAUAGAGACCGGAAUAAAAGGGCUGUACUGGCAAAGACAGUGAUAAAAUGGAUCUUUUAUCCUUUUGUCUUUUUUCUUUUUCUUUUUUUCUCGCUUAGCUCCUUUCUCCCCCACCCACAUGUCUUUACCUGAUAGGGAUACUGUAGGCACCCAGACCACUUCAACUCAUUGAAGUGGUCUGGGUGCUGUGUCCCUUUAGCACUUAUUGCUGCAAUGUAAAACUUUGCUGUUCUAGAGAAACUGCAAUGUGUACAUUGCAGCUUUAAGUCUGCCCUCCGUGGCUAUCUAACAGACAGCCACCGGGGCGCUUCUGGAAUCCAAACUGACAUUUUGUCCUCACGGACCUCCAGCGUCAGAUUUUCACCGUGGGGAGGUCUAAGGCACACGCGGCCACCGCCGCGCAUUAGGUCUCCUCUGCCGCCUGACGUCCCUCGGUGCUGGAUUCGGGUGAGUGUCUGAAGGGUUUUUAACCCCCUCAGCCCCGAGGGAGGUGGGUUUAUUUGUUUCCUUGGCAUUAUAGGAUCCCUUUAACUCUUCCCCACUUCAACCAUGUCUCAGUCUGUUCUGAUUGCUCCUGGGACUGAACCUGUUGGCCAGAGCUGCAGAUAUACUCUUAGCAGACUGCCGGCUGGAUAGACACAUUACAGACUAAAUAUAGAAUCAAUGUUUCUUUCAUAAUUCUGCAUAUCUGGAAAAUAUACUUAUCUAUUUUGUUACUUUAAAGGUUUUCCACUAAAUGGGGAUUGACCUUCAAAUUGAAAAAUUAAACUGUAACAUUAACACAGUUGGAGAUUUUUUUCCAAAUCUGCUAUUUUGUCUCACAUUUUGCAAUUUGGGCUACUAACAUUUUGAAAUUUUAGCUACUAUAGUGCACUGUUUAGUGAAUAAACCUUAGUGUGGCCGUGCAUGUGUUUUAAAAAUUAUGGGAAGCCAACAUGCAUUUUAAUGUUAGGGGCUUACUGAUCAAAUUUGAUAUAUUUAUCUUCUUUGCCCAGAUAUGUCAAGAUUUUUUUUUUUUUUUUUUGUUUGUUUGUUUUGUAUUUUCCUUGGAUCACGAGGUUAUGGUUUUUUUUUCCAUUUGGCUUGUUUUGUAUCUCUACAAUUGUCUGAAUUCCUGGCCAAAGUCAUACUUGGAUAAACAUUUCUUUUCACUGACACUGACAGCAGUUACAUUCACCAUGUCCUAUGAGCAUCAACCAGAGAUCGCAAGAUUAAAGGCAAAAAUUGAAAUAAAAGUGGCAGGCAGCUCCUAAAACAGAUUGGCUACUUACUUGGCUGUUCACAUGGAACAUUGCUUAUUUUGGAUAUAAACUAAACUAAGCAUGAGCCAUCUUUCUGUAAUUAAUCAUUCUCAAAUAUUCCGAAACUCCUGUAACGUUUUUUUCAUUACCUCGGGAUCUUACAGGGUUGUAUUUUUUUAUUUUUUUUCACAUGACAAGUGCUUGACUAGCCCUGCAAGGAUAAAAUAAAAGUACAAUCCUUUCUGUCAUUUAUCUUAAUGUUAAGGGAACACUCCAGACCCUUAAUGCACUUUAGAGUGUGUCUUAUUUUUUAUCAAUUUGCAAAGAGUAUUGAUUUGAAUCGGAAUUGACACUUUUAUACAUUAACCUGGUUAUAACCUUCAAUCAGACAACCGGUCCUGUUACUUCCUGGCUUGGUUGGCUCAGUGGAGCAAAACUUAAGAGAGGUAACUGCUCAGAGCACCUGUCUUGAAAAGACUUCUCUGAAUUGGGAAGUCUGUGGUUGGACAGCCAUACAAUGUCUGGACGGGGAUAGAAGGGGAAGGAUUUGCAUAGGCUGCCGACAAUAGAACUGCAGGUUUUGCAAGCUGUUUUUAGAUUUACUCCCAAUGAAAAAAGCAUGCAAGUUAUAAUUUGAAGUAUAUCUACUAAACAAUGAUUUAAAAAAAAAAAAUCGUAUUUGGGUAGUGCAGUGUCUCUUUAAUAUAUUAUUUCACAUUUGUGGAAUUCAGUAGUAGACACUGACUGCUUCUUGGAAUUCUGGUAGGGACAGAUUUAGUUUGGCAUGUUCUUGUCUUGGUAUUCUAAAAUUAAACAACAUUUUGGGACAUUUGCUGCAUAACCCGUAUUAUUCACUAAUUUGUGAAUUGUUGUGAAUUUAUAAUGUAUAAGGCUAAAAUAAUUGAAUUGGAGAAUAUUUCUAAGCCAGCUAUAUUUUCAGUCCUUUUUUGGCUUCAGAUUUGAACUUCACUUUGAAAGUGAUAAAAGGGAGGAGAUGGAAAGAAUGGAUACUUGCUUAUAGCUCUCCCUCUAUGUAAUACCACUCUCUGGUUCUCAGCAGAUUCAGAUUUCUUUAUUUAAAAAAAAAAAAAACUAACUAAUUGACCGUGUAACAUUAAGAUUUAGUUUGUAGGGCUUUAUAAGAAAAUCUGCUUCUGUCUGAUUUAUAAAUGUAACCUUUGACCUGAAAUUACUAACAGACCUAAGAAUUUUCCCUUGACAUUGGCAGGUGAGCUUACACUUGCAAUUAGACGUGUUAAAAUACACUGUUAUGCCUGUGGCUCAUAAGCCCAAAAUGACGAACUGGAGGGAGAAGAGACGCUCUAUAGCUCUUUCUUUUACUUUAAAUUUUUUUUACUUUUUACUCUAUUCUUUUUAUCUUGCAUCUCCUCCCCAGCAUUAACAGAAACACAUUACCAUCAUAAACAGCUAAACAUACAACCUAGAACAAAACAAAAGGGCAAUAGUAACGCCCAAGUCUACAGCUUUCCCAACGGAUGACAACCGAGGUUGCGGCCCCGGGCCAAUAACAGAGCCUCGGGAAAUGACCCCCUGGGAAACCCCUUCAAAGCACUCAAACCCUACUCAGGCCCACAUUAAGACCGGAAGGUACAUCCCGCACAGUUACUAUUUGCAUGUGUUGUUAAGCAGAAAUGACCACACCACCCGAUAUCACGCAAACCAGGUACUCCACUCAUUUGACUUCACCCAGUUAAUUUCCUAACUGUUAUUGUUCGUAUUGUUACUACUGGACCUCCUAAUGCAUUCCAGUGCAGUAACCAUAUUACACUGACUGUAUAAAACUCAAAAUAAAGAAUUUAAAAGUAAAAAAGCACCGUUAUGAUAAUGGAUAUAGGUGUUUGGGAUAGUGUGCAGGUAAUGGUUUUAGUUUGGUGUGCCUACACUAUUUAUAUGGCACCUAGUUUAUAUUCUUGAUUUCUGACCUUGGACCCAUACCAUACUUUACUCCAGAUCAUCCCAACACAUCUUCAUCCUUCCCAUCACCAGGGUAUUGAACCUGUCAAUAACAUUACAAAGCCUUACAAAUUUAAAGAGUGUUACAUUGGAAAAAAUAAAUAGAAAUAGAAUGGAGAAAAAAAUGUGUGUGUAUUUUUGUUUAGAGGAAAUACUUGCUAGCGUUAAAUUGCUUUCCACGCAAUAUAUUCUGUUGUGCAUUUUUACCAAGCAGAGCGAAUGUGAGUUUUCAUAUAGCUUACAUCAGUCAUUCUCUUCUGUUGCUAGGUGCUGGAUGACCCCAGCGAGGAUCAUCUAUAUAUGGGUAUGGAAGCUGUCUUAUUCUUAUGUAAGAUCAUAGAACUGAACAAAGAACUGAUAGCAAGCAAUCUCCCUGCUCUGAUCUAAAGCGUGUAAUGAGUACAUGCAUGUAAAGGUUAGGCAAUCAGAUGUCCCUGUUAAGGGAGAUACUGAGAGAAGCUGCAUCCUGCAGGGUAGCUUUGUAAUCCUGCCUUUUCUAUAGCCACGUUCAUUUAAAGGAUCAAUCUUGUCAUGUUCAGAGGACUUACCAGUGUGUAGGUUUAAUGAAUAUCCCCACCAAGUGUGCCAGGCUCAUUUCCGCAGAACAAAUAUCAGAGGUAAUCCACACUUGAGCACUUGAAGAUUAGUUGCUGUCAGUCAUUUUUGCUGAACCUACUGAUGUGACACAGGGAUAUCCUAAGAUUUUAAUUAUUUGAGUAUUUGUACUACAUAGUGUGUGUUUUUGAAAAUGUUUUUUUUCUUAAAAUGAAGUAUUCUGCCACAGAGCAUAUUUUAGAUUGCGGUGAUUGCUGAACUAUCCCCAAAUAUUCAAAUAUAUUUAUAAUUUUUUUAUUUUUCUUUCAGUGUUUGAACUUGUAAAGCAAGGGUAAGUUGGAAAAAAACAAACAAUUUUACUUGGUUUGCACAUGCUAUAUAAUAUACUUAUAAAAAAUAACAACUACCACAGUUGGGAAUCUUUUAACCCCUUAAAGAUUCAAUGUUGUUGUCACAGGGUUAUUUACUAAAGUGAGAAAUUACAUUUAAGGUCAGAUAAGCUGAUUGGGACAAAUCUAAUGUUGCUGUCUUCACAAUAUGGUCUCUGAUAUCCUUGUGCCACCAUAGGAUAUACUGCGUAUUUGGUUUAUGCAGUCAUGCAGUUAUGAAUUCAGAGGGUCAUUUUUGAAAUACAGUCAGUGAAAGAUAAAUCGUUAAAUGACAGCCUAUAUCAGCCCUCAGUGCACACAGUUCAUGAUUUAUGAAUGUCCUGAUUCUGUUCCAAUUAGGAUACUGGCAAACAUGGACUCUGGUUAUUGGGAACCUCUGGAUUGGGAACCUCUAAACCAACAUUAGCAGUGGAGCCCUUGAGAGUAACCCCAGUACUGUGGAACAGAAGAUACACUGUUCCAAAUGUAUAAUAGCUCAAAAAGGCACAUGGAUUUGUUCCUACUACUAUAUAGAAACAUAGAGUGUGACGUUAGAUAAGAACCGUUUGGCCGUUUUUUUUUUUAAUUCUUUAUUUUUGCGUGCACAAGACUUAUACAUGGUGCAAUGUAUGCAUCGUUUGAGAGGGUAACAGGUUUUAACAUUGGGUAAAUAAUGCAUUUGAUAAGUUUUAGCACAAUUUUUGUUAAGUAUAACAUGCGUCAAAUCCUAGGUAGCGGUUGGGUUCGUAUAGGGGUUUAGUUGUGCAACUUCUCACUUUAUUGUUUAGUGUGUGUGUGUGUGAUAUUAAAGUGUCAUCGUUGUGCCGUUGCUUUCACGAACAUUUGAUUUUAACAGGAAAGUAAAAUAGGUAAUCACAGCACGACUUGUGUCAUACACAUUUUAACUGUCUUUAGGUCUCUCUCUUUUAUUGUCACCAUAACAACGGCAUGCAGGGGAAUUAAGACCUUUUAACCCCUACACUGGGAAUAAACAUGCACAAUUAAUCUGAGAAUGUGUUGUGUCCUAUUAUAAAGCAAUGUAUAGAUUGUGGUAGGAAAUGUAUGUCUUUUAUAACACAACAUACAUUCCUUUUACUUUAGAUAUUGCACUUUAUAAUGAUCUGAAUGAGAGACUGUUACUGCAGUUAGUAAUAAACUGCAAAUAUUCCGAAUUGUGGAUCAUUAUUUGUAAACUGUGUUUACAUUUUAGGAACUUUAAAUGCAGCUAGACUUAAAUGGUUAUAUACUAAAGUGAAAAUUCGAAGUGAAUGUCCAAUUCAAGGCCAAAGUAGCUGAACUGAAUUUUUGCAGAUUGGCUUUUUUGCCCUCAAAUUCACUUUGAAUUCUCACUUUAGUGCAUAACCCUGUAAAUAAUAAUAAAAGUAAGAAUUUGCUCCAAUAAGCCAUAUACAAUGUAGCAAUGUUGCUAUAAGUAUUCUCUCCAGCAUCACUUGAAUCACUUCCCUAUAAUGUACGGAUUACUAACAAAAUAUUUCAUUAAUCUGUGUUUGGAUAGGCUAAAAUAAAUUUCCAAUUUAAAAUGUUAACAUCUUAAUUUAAAGAGAAACUAUAGUCACCACAACAACUUUGGCUUAAUAAAAGCAGUUUUUGUGUAUAGAUCAUGCUCAAUUCACUGCCAUUUAGGGAUUAAAUCACUUUUAUUUCUGUUUAUGCAGCCAUAGCCACACCUCCCCUGGCUGUGACAGACACAACCUGCAUGUAAGCAAAAUGGUUUCAUUUUCAAUUAGAUGUAACUUACUUUAAACGUUUUUAUCUCAUGCUCUAAUUGCAUACAGGAGGCUCAUGCAGGGUCUGCAUAGUUAUUAACAGAGCAGGAGACAAAUUCUAAAUUAAACAGAAUUUGCAAUAAAGGAAAUGCAAACAUUAGAUCUCUCUUUACAGGAAAUGCUUAGCAAGCUGUGUGACACAUGCAGGGAGGUGUAACUAGGGAUUUAUAAACAAAGUGAUUUAACUCCUAAUUGAGCAGUGAAACUGCAAGGGCAUGAUCUAUAUACCAAAACUGCUUCAUUAAGCUUAAUUUGUUUUGGUGAAGAUGGUAUCUCUUUAAUAUUGACUGUCUUACCUUCAAUUAUAAUAUUGUUUCUUUAAUCAAUAAAGGCGUAUUCUACUUUUUCCAAAUAUGACUGCAACAAUAAUAUUUAGGACAAUUAUUUUUAACAGGGGAGCAAUACAUAAUGAAAUUAAACAAAUACAAAUCCAAAUUAAGUCCCUCUUUUACUAAUGUUUUAAUUUAUAAACCCACUUCAUCUCCUUUCUCCCUAGGGAGUUUUUAAUAUUAACACCUCUCCACGUAACCUUGCAUUGUCUAAUUACUAUAAAUGUUUUAGGCAGUCUGGGAACUUUAUUGUGAUUUCGAAAAUGCUUGGAGACAAAUUUCUAUUUUUUAGUUAUCUAGUUAUCACACCUAUAUACUGGAAUCUAGGGAUCGACCGAUUAUCGGUUUUACCGAUAUAAUCGGCCGAUAUUCGGUAUUUUCGGCAAUAUCGGUAUCUGCCAAUUCAUAUACCGAUAUUGCCGAUAAUACCUCCUAGGACCGCCAGGCUCAUUACAAGCCCGGCGGUCCUGGGGGGGCGGAGAGCAAGCGCUUACUCACCUCCCAGCAGCUCCUCCAGCUCCCCAGUGUAACUCUUGCGAGACCCGCAGCCGUCAGAGCGUUGCCAUGGAUCACCAUGGCAAAGCUCCGCGCGACACGCUGGCCGCGAGAGUUACACUGGGGAGCUGGAGGAGCUGCUGGGAGGUGAGUAGGCGCUUGCUCUCCGCCCCCCCCAAAGCUCAGCCAAUGCCACUGGACCACCAGGGACUGCUAUAUCCCCCCUCCCUGGCCAGGCAACAAGCAGGGAGGGGGGACAACAAAAAUAAAUAAUAAUUAAUUAAAUAUAAAAAAAUUAUAAUAAUUUAAUAAAAAAAUGCCACACUCCAUUAUACACACUACACAAACACACUGUGUAUAUAAUGCAGUGUGUGUGUUUGUAUAGUGUGUGUAUAUAAUGUAGUGUGCAUUAUAUACACACACUAUGCAAACACACUGCAUUAUAUACACACACUACACAAACACACACACUGCAUUAUAUACACACUACACAAACACACACUGCACAAACACACACUGAAUUAUAUAAACACACUACACAAACACACUGCAUUAUAUACACACACUAUACAAACACACACACUCUGCAUUAUAUAAACACACUACAUUCACUAUACACACACUACACAAAUACACACACAGUCUGCAUUCAUUAUAUACACACACACUUUGCAUUUAGUAUAUACAGCAUUCACUUUACGCACACUACACAAACACUCUGCUUUCAUUAUAUACACACUACACUAAUACACACUGCAUCCACUACACACACUAGACAAAUACACACUGCAUCCACUACACACACUAGACAAAUACACACUGCAUCCACUACACAAACACACAUUGCAUCCUCCACACACACUACACAAACACACACUGCAUCCACAACACACACACUACAUCCACUACACACACACUACACAAACACACACAGCUCCCCUGUCACACUGCAUCCACUACACGUGGCAUGUAUAUUUUGUGCAUUUACCUUUAGAAAUAGUUUUUAUUUUCCAAAAUGGUAAAUGUACAGAAUAUCGGCAAAUUAUAUCGGCUAUCGGCCUGAAAGUUCACAUAAUAUCGGUAUCGGUAUUGGCUCUAAAAAAUCAAUAUCGGUCGAUCUCUACUGGAAUCCUUAAGGACAUUCGAGUAAAUAGAUAAUAUCUUUCAAACUACUUGAAAUCCUUUCUCUCCAAAACAAAACAAAAAAAGAAACGUUAAUACAUUUCAAAAUGUAAAAGGCAUAUAAAAAUAUUUAUCAAAGGAGCAAAUGCACACAUCUACUCAGGUGUCAUUCUCCUAGUUAGCUGGGGCCUGUGAUCAGCUAUCAAAUCCUAACCUGCCAAUAUGCAUCUUAAAAAGUACAAAAUAAUAUCCUUGGAUUUAAUGUUAUUGCAUAUUUUACUUUCAGACCUGUGAUGGAAAUACCAACAACAAACCCAUUUUCAGAAGAUCAAGGGCGUUUCUACUUCCAAGAUCUGAUUAAAGGGAUCGAGUACUGUGAGUCCUGGUAGUAUCACACAUAUGGAGCUUUGGAACUUAUUAGCUUAGAAUUAGACAAAAUUAUUAGAACCGUAAUUUACUAUAUUGCAUGGGUUUGCUCAGGGAAAUAGGAGAUGCAGGUGUAAUAUUGGUAAUUUGUACCUAGUGCAUUGGUCAAACACUCCAAGUGGCAAGUGACUCUAAUUUGAUGUACUAUACAGAUAAUGCAUAAAAUAAUCUGAUAAAUAUAGCUACAUUUAAUGCUGCUGUUAUAUUUACAUAGGAAAGUAACAGGAGACAUUCUCUUCUGGUCCGGGAUGACACUACACUAAUUGGGAGCCUCUCAUCCUGCUUUAUAGGGGGCCAACCUGUUGGGGGUGGCCACUGGGAAGUUUCCUAAUAGGCAGAGUCUAAACAAAAUUGCACUUACAUUUCAACCGAUGAGCACCUCAAUCUUCCUUCAUGCAUGUGGGUGCCAGGUAUUGUCCCAUAAAAUCAUGCGUAAACAUUCUCUUUAACAGGCAACCCACUGGGAAUUAUAGGCCAUUUUACUUGUUCGCUGUUUGCCAGUCUGUGCAUUACUUAUCACCUUUGAUUGGUUAUUUUAACUAUAAUGAUCCUUCUUCUCUAAAUUAACUGCUCCUUUUAGGUCCGCACCUGUUAACUAAAUUUAUUGCAGCCAGUCCACCAAUAUAAGACCAUAGCAGGUGGUGGAUGUGGAUUCUUGUAGGGAUACUGUAGGCACCCAGACCACUUAAUCUCAUUGAAGUGGUCUGGGUGCAAUGUCCCUGUCAUUUUAGACCUGCAACUACAUACAUUGCAGAGAGACUGCAAUGUUUACAUUUCACGGUGUGUAUUCCUAACCUGCAACUACAUACAUUGCAGAGAGACUGCAAUGUUUACAUUUCACGGUGUGUAUUCCUAACACUAUAGUGUUCCUUUAAAUGUAUGGUUUAUUCAAGCACUUGAUAAGACAAUGUUUCAACUCAAGUGUGGUCUUUCUGAAGCUUACGUAAAACCUAAGAUGUGAUUGGAAAUGUAUUAUUAUAAAAAUGGUAGAAAGUGUACUAUAAAUACCAUAAUAGCCCUGUGAUCUUCCUCCAGCCGGCAUCGGCUGAGUCGCACUCAAAGACUGGGACUUACCACUCAUCAUUCCUCUCCUCACGGCUUCCGCUGACACAACUCUGUCUAACCACAUGAGUUCUCUUUAUCAUAAUGCAUUAAUCGCUGGCCUCCCCCAUCACCCUUCAUACCUCCUAGGGGACUCAAGCUACCCAGUAAGGCGUCCCUACACCCUCCUGCUGAACUCUCUUGCAGUGGCUACCUCUUACACCAGCUACUCUUAUAAGCAUGUCUCAUCUCAAAUAGCACUUGUUAUGCCUUUCUAGCUAGCUGUACUUAGCAGUGAUACAGUUCAACGUAUUCCUCUAGACACGACUUAGUCUAGUCUGACUCCUGAAUAUGCAGCCCACUAAUCUUAGUAAACACACAACCUGUAUACUGUAUAUUAGCUAGAUAGACGAGAUUAGCCAAGUUCCGACCCUGUCAUAUCCUAAGCCAAGCUAACUUUUACUUUCAGUUUUUUGUCAUUAUGACGCUUAAGAAUAAUCCUGUCUACUUAUACUUACAAAAAAAGUGCACUGUCUUAUUAAUGCCAUGUGAUCAUAUGUGAAUAUUUUAAUUAAAUAGUUUUUAUUGGUUUUAUCACAAAAUACAUAAAACUCAACUAAAUACAAAUUUCUUGACAAUAAUUUCACUUUGACACAACGUUACAUAAUACAUACAAAACAAUUGACCUGUCAGUUUACAAUAUAUUAUACUAUUAUAACACAGUACAGGUAUUACCCUAUAACUGUCAAUUGCCUCGACAUAUUGUCCUCAUCCCGGCUCUUAUGCAAUUUUCCCUAUAACAAACACAUUCCCCAAUCCUCUAUCUUAAUCAAUUUUUAACACCCAUACCCUAAAAAGGAGGAUAAGCUGAAGAUAUGACCAACUUCUAUACUAAAUGAGUAGACUCUAUACAAAUAUAUAUAAAAAAUAGAAAAUAUAAAGAUCAUAAAAAAAAAUAAAAUAAAAAUAACUUUAAGCCUAGGAGUGAGACAAAUCCCAAGAUGUAUCUUUGGGUACCUAUAAACUACCACACACAUACCACAUUCAUUGUUCCAAGGAUCUAAAGGGACGGUGGGCUGACGAAGAGGAGUAACUAUAAUAAGAUUAAUCCAAGGGUCAAACCGUAAUCAUCCCAGAGUGCCCAUCUAUAUUCCGGAUCUGUAGAACCCCUUAAGUACCCAUCUUCUCUUUCUAAUGUUCUAUUUCUCUGCAUCACCCUCUCUACUUCUGACCACUUUGGGAGCUCUCCUCCCUUCCAAUUUACAGCAAUUAACCAUUUAGAAAUCGAUAGACUCUGAAGGAGAAGGGAUUUUAAUUCUUUCAUACGAUGACAAGGUAAAAGAUGGAAUAAAGCCAGUUCUGAGGUUAAGUUAAUAUUUUCACCUGCAAUUCGAGAUAUCCCAAUAUUUACCUCCUGCCAGUAAAUUUGAAUGUAGGGGCAGGACCACCACAUAUGCAUUGCUGAGCCUACUUGAUUACAGCCCCGCCAGCAUAAUUUAUAUGUGUAAUCUUUCUUUAUUUUCCAAAGUUUUAGCGGAGUUACAUACCAUCUAUUUAAAAUUUUGAAGUAUGUUUCCCUGUAUGAAACCUGUUUAAUUUAACGGUUGAGGUGAAAGCUCCCACCCAUACUUCUAUGGGCCAGGAUUGACUCAAUUCUUCUUCCCAAAUUCUUAUACUUAGAGAUUUACUAUCUAACUCCCUAUCUAUUAAAAUAUUAAAACAUUUUGACAGCAAAUGCUUCUUAUUUGUUGAGCUUAUUAUUUUUUCACAAGCUGUCAAUUGUCUAAACUGCUUUAAAUGAUAACUUGAGGAUGAAAUCUUAGCCUUCAACUGGUUAGAUUCCAUCCAUAAACUAGAAGGGACCUUAAAGUUAGAUUGUAGAUACUCAAAUGAAAAAAAUCGAUUAUUAACAUAUAAAUCAUUUAAGUGUCUACAUCCCAGUUUCCACAGCCUCUCAAGCAAGGGAGACUGAAUAUGAUCCCACUGCCAAACAGUAGGAGUAAUAGGGCUUGGUAAUGGAAUCAGAGAAUAUUUACAGUUCAAUUUCAGCCAACAUUUAGCAAUAUACCAAGUUGUCGAAUCUUUAAUCUUUACUAUGCAUUAGGACACCGGAUACAUCAUCUCGAUAGAUUAUUGAGUUCAGAUGUGUUUGUUUAAAAAAAAAAAAAAAAGCUUCUAUCGACAUCCAAUUACUGUUCUUUUCCUCUUCCUCCCAUCUCAGGAUGUGUGCCAAUAGGGCGGCUUCCUGAUAUCUCUUAAUGUCUGGGUAUGCUAACCCUCCAUUAGAGAAAUUUUUAACCAAAAUCGGUAUCUUAAUUCGCAUUCUUUUAUUCUGAUGGAUAAAUAGAUCAAUCGCCCUCUGCAGCUUACUAAGCAAAUAAAUGGGACACUGCCAGGGUAUACAGCGCAUGAUAUAGAUGAUCUUAGGUAAUAUUGUCAUCUUAAUCGCUGCUAUUCUACCCGACCAGGAGAUAUUGAGAUUUUUCCAUGUAGCCAAAAUUUGCAUUAUAUUCGAGUAAACUAAUUGAUAAUUAACUGUUAGUGUUCUUUUCAUUUCAACAAAGAGUUUUAUCCCUAAAUGAGUUAUUGAAUGUUGCCAGUUAAAUGGAUAUAAUUGAAUUAAUGCAUUUUUCACAAUUCGUCCCAUAUUAAACGACAAUGCUUCAGAUUUCUUUACAUUUAACUUAUAAUUGGAAACUACACUGUACUCGGCUAUAAUAUCUUGAAGAGCUUAUAAAGAUUUUUCAGGAUUUCCUAGUGUUAUUAUUACGUCAUCCGCAUAAAGGGAAAUGACUUGGUGCCUUUGGUUUACUUCUAUUGCUGUUAUAUCUGAAGAUUCCCUAAUCGCAAUUUCCAACUAAUGGAGAUAGUGGGCAACCUUGCCUGGUGCCGUUUGAAAUACCAAACCUCACUGAACGAAAGUUUUGGCCGAUAACACUAGCAGUCAGUGAAGAGUAUAAUGCAGCUAUCGCCUGUUUAGACAGGGAGAGGAACAUAAAGCCCCAUUCACCCUGUCAAAGGCUUUCUCAGCGUCAAGUCUUACGAAGAUUGCUGCUAUUUUAUUAUAUUUGAUUACUGAGAUUAAAUUUAAUAAUUUCCUGAAAUUAUCUGAACCCAAUCUCCCCUGAAUAAAACCCGUUUGAUCCAAAUUAAUCAGUUUGUGGAUAUAUUGAUUCAAUCUCUCCGCCAAAAUUUUAGCGUAAAUCUUUAUAUCCACAUUGAGCAGAGAUAUAGGUCUAAAAUCACUGCAUUCUGGUGUUGGUUUAUUUGUUUUAGAAAUUGUUAUUAUUUGUGCUUCCAACAACUCCGGGUGUGCUUGGCCUGUUUUCUUAAUUUCAUUUAAUGUUUGGUACAGGUAGUUAGAGAUCAUAUGUGAAUAUAAACCUGGUUGCAUCAGCUGUUGUGGCAGUGCACAACCUCAUGUUACUACUUAUCUGCAUGAAUAAAAUAAAGAAUACCAUAAUAGACAUCAACCUAUAUUAAUAAGAUAAUCUUUUUCAACAAAAGUAAAAUAAAAAACAAAAAGUGAUCGAUAGUACAAUGCAAUAUAUAUGUUUUCCUUUACAGUGCAUUAUCAGAAGAUUAUACACCGUGAUAUUAAACCAUCUAACCUCUUAGUGGGAGACGAUGGUCACAUUAAGAUUGCAGACUUUGGUGUCAGUAACCAAUUUGAAGGGACCGACGCAUUUUUAUCAAACACAGUAGGGACGCCUGCUUUCAUGGCUCCUGAGACCCUGUCUGAGACACGCAAAAUAUUUUCAGGAAAGGUAACUGUCACCCAGACUCUCUUUCUAAAGAGCAGGUACAGACUUAAUAGUUGGUUAAGUGUGUGUAUUGUUGUUGGUGUUUUUUUAUGUUUUUUGUUUUUUAACCUUAUAUCAUUUGUUCUAGAACUAGUUUGUAAAAUAUAACUGUUAUACAAGAUUUUCCGAUACGGGAACUCAAGUACAUCGGAUAUAUUAAAAAUGUGGGAUCCUCCACAAGUUGCUGCUCUUCAAAUCCAUAUAAAUAUCUGCUAUUAAAUUGUUUUGUGCUAUCUAAUAUCCCCAAUCCCUCUCCUUGUAUUUAAUUUGUUUGAACAUUGUGGAGAAAGACAGAGGAUGUAACACAAAUGCUGGACUGUAAAUAUACCGCCUUCUGCAAUUCUUUAUAUUUAUUUAUUUAUUCUCCUCUUAUAUUUUAAGGCUCUUGAUGUUUGGGCUAUGGGAGUCACCCUGUACUGUUUCACGUAUGGUCAGGUAAUUCACACUCCUUGUUUGCUAUUAAACACAUGUGUGUGUAUCUUAACCCUUGCAAGACUAAGCAGAACUUUUCACUGUUUCCUUGGUAAAGGAAUUGGUUAAGAUAUUGAAAUUGGUAAAGGGUGUUUGGUUUUUGUUUCUUUGUUUUCUGGGGGGUUUUUUGUGUCCACACAACUUAUUGCAUCAUGCACCUUCUUGUAGGGAGUCUUAAUAUGAUUAUGCACCACUUUUAUAUGAAUCUUUUAUCAUACACAUAGGCUCAUGUUAUAGUAAUGAUUGAUGUUGCAUUUAUAAUGUAUGUUUUUCAAAAGUAAAACAAAUAACAGUAGUAAAAACACAGUAAUUACAGCAGCAUAACAUGCAUUAUAAGUGCAAUACAGUUCAAAGAUUGUAAACAAAAAAUAAUGGGUACAUAGUAGGAGUUUGGAGACACCCCCUCAAAUAUUGACACAACAUUGUAGUCAGGAUUUUAUUUAGUGUGUGUGUGUGUGUCACUUUUACCUGCCUGCAGUUUGUUAAAGCAUUUUGUAUAUAUUUAAUUUUUCUAUUGAAAUUCUAUAUUUUGGUGGAACAUAAAACCAUUUUGCAGUACGAUUAACAUUAUUUGUCCAUACCACAUUUAAUAGCAUAUAAUCUACAUAAGUCUUUAUGUAGUAUGUGGAUAACUAAAAAAGUAUAAUCAUAAAUUUUUAUUUUUAUUUUUUUCUCUUAUUUUUUUUUGUAUUUUUCUAUUUCAGUGCCCUUUUAUGGAUGAAAGGAUUUUAUCUCUUCAUAGCAAAAUAAAGAACCAACCUUUAGAAUUACCUGAUCAGUAAGUCCCCUACUUGUUUUGACAGUCAGUACUUAGGAAAUGGUCCAAUGAGUAUGUCCGUGCUAUCUGUCAGGUAGAAGGUGUGAAUAGGAAUGAUGACUGCAAAUUGUAACUUCAGCAUUUUUAUGUCUGUGAGUCUCCUCCAGGCCAUAGUCAAAAACUAAUGGAAGCAAAAAGAAAAUCUAUAUGGUUUGAUUUCAUUUUAUAUCUUGUCUCUUCAGGCCAGAUAUAUCUGAGGACUUGAAGGACCUGAUUCUACGGAUGUUGGAUAAGAGCCCAGAAUCUAGAAUUACUGUCCCUGAAAUAAAGGUGAUCUACACUGGUAUAUAAAAUUAAACCGUUAUGUACCGGAAUUCUAAAAGUUAAUGGUUUUUAUCCAGUCCAAGAGAGAUGCCGGGCACAGAUUAAAUUUCCAUUUCUAAAUGUAAACUUGAAUUCGCACAGGUUCCAUUUUAAUCUUCACUUACACUAUAAAAGUAGUGCCAUCAAAAUAGCAAUCAAAUAAUAAAGGAGAAAUAAAAGUAGAGCAAGCAUUGACAUUGCCAUAAAGUCGUGUAGGCUUACUUGGUCCCAGCACUCAGUGCCAUGCAUUUUGGAUGAAAUAUGAUAAUGCAAAACCCUGUUUUCUUUGUCAGCAUACUUCGAAAUGGUUUGAUCUAAAAACCAAAGGGAAGGUGCUCAUGCCACAGUUCCUACAAUUACACAACGCAGUCAUUUAACAUUUACCUGUGUGUUUCAUAUGUAUUCAAAUGCUUACCCCAAUUCCACAAAAACUGUAAAAAUAAAAAAAAAGAAAAGUACUGAUUUGCAAAGUGGAAACACAAUAUUUCAUAAACAAAAUCUUAUGAUGUAUUAAUUUGGAGUUAUAUAAAGGAUUUAUUUUAAUAAAUUGUGAGUUUUGGUCAAUGUCAGUUGCACAUUAGAAAUAGUAAGUUAACUGUUAAUUUGUAUAUUUUGAAUAAUAUUUCUGAGAUUUUCAUUAUAUAAUUCCAGCAUACGUGGUUUGCAUUUGCUGUUUCAUAACAAGACAGUUUUCCAUUAUGGAACAUUUGCAGACGCUAUGCUGGCAUUUGCUAUUCUUUUCGUUACAUACCUUUUUACUCUCUAGAAUGGUAGUUAUGGUGCUGAUCCCUGGAAUAAUUCUAAGAAGUCCAUAUUGAGAAUCCUUUUUACAUUCUCCAGAGUAAUCACUAGCUUAAGACCCAGUUCAUUAUAUUAAUUAUUUUCCCCAGUGAUACAAAACAGAUUUGUCCUAAUACUCCUUUUUCAUUUUUCUGUCCUAACGGCACACUAUAUAUGCGUCUGCAUACUGUAAUGUGCUCUAACUCUUGUCAUUGUAUAUACUAUAUCGCUGUUACAUCCUUUUAAGCACUAGUAUGAACUGAACUCUCUUCAUUCCCUUGUCUGUUGUAACUGCAGUUUGAUAAGAUUUGUCCAGGAGAUAUAACCAUAAAAGCCCUGCUAGCAGUUUCCUCUGGUUGGUUAAAGAACAAAUCCAUUGUACUUUGUGAGGAAAUAUCGUAUUAAAAUACUCUUUUUUUUUUUUUUUUUUUUCAUAGUUUUCUAGACAAGCUAUCACAUGUACAUAUCAAACACAGUAUUGUUUAAUAAUUUAAUAAAACAAACUUAAUGAAAUGUUCGCAGGCAUAUUAUUCAUAAAGCCCUCAUCUAAGUAAGUAUUUAGAAACUGAUAAACAUGACAUAUAUAACAAACAUAAAAGGUUAAGCUGUAUAUUGUUGGGCAUUUUGUUUCAGGCUUCUAUUGGGAAAAAAAAUGGUAUCAGAUAAUAUUGCAGGAUUGUAUAAAGGUGUUUGCCUUAGAAAAGUAGAUCAGCAGCUCAGGACAACCAGCUGUCCCAGAAUUGAAAAGCAAUCUAGUAAUUUUGUCACAGGAUAUUUAAGGGGGCAAAAUAGCUGUAAAAGUGUGCAGUUCAGAUUUUUGCACUUGAGUUAUACACAGACUUGUAUAUUAAGAUUCCAAUUAGGCUUUAUACAUCGUACAAAUGCAAAGCAAAAAAAAAUACAAUUAAAUGUAUAAUGCUUGAUUAAAUAUCACUAUUUGUAGAUCUCCCUUUAAAUUCACCAGUGUGGCUAUAUUUGCCUAAAUUUUGCUGUACUUGCUGUCUAUAAAUACUGUAACUUUAAGACUAUUCUGAAAAACUAUUUGUGGCGAACAUAACCUCGCCACGGGCUCUUGGAGGAGCCUGCUUGCCAGCCUCCUGCCUCAGGACUAUGGGCCCUGCAAUAUACACUUUAAAAGGCACUGUUCGGAGGGGUGGAGCCGGACCGCCAUGCUGAGCGGACGCACAGAGGAAUAGCUCCUGAAAACCUAUCUAAUCUUAGCCCCUAAAAACCUUCCCAAAGAACCUGCAGCUUUCCCCCUUGUGCAAGAAGCAACCCUGGUCCCGAGGAGAGGCUUGCCGCGAGGUUUUAUUCCCUCGAUGGGGCAAUCCCUGUCACGCAAGAUGGAGACCGCUCAGGCUGUGAGCGGGGUGGACGGCCGCUGCCCCGCUGUCCUGCCCACCAGCGGUUCGGCAGAACCAAGAAGCUAGGCGGAUCUGGCCCUGUUCUCCCCCACUGGGCCGGCGGGGGUGAUCCCGGUCCCCAUCCUGUGACCCAAUGAAGUGCCACAACACCACCGAGAGUCCGAUCCCAAGAUGGCGGAGACCGCAUGGCAACUCCAAGAGAGCCGCCGGAUACGCCCUCCUCUCCUGCUCCCACACGGGCGGAUGGCUGAACCUACCAGAGAGGGUACCGGCAAGUAAGAGCCAAACUCCCACGAACUAAGGAGGAGCAGCACUAGAGUCCAACACAAUGGUGGGUACUGACCCCAAAGAGGGAAAACGUUAUAAAGCACAGGACUAACCUGCCACAUCGCCCAGCUUCCCGCAAAGGGCCUGAAUCAUAAUGUCUGCCCACCCAUAGCCACUAUGCAGGGACUCUCUCCAUGCCUAAGACAGGCACCGGGUUGGACAGCAAGUGACCCAAGAAGGGAUCCUAGACCCCCUUACAAUACCACCCUAUGGGACUAUAAGCACAGUGGCAGCCAUUAAGCAUUCUGCCUUACUACAGUGACCUACGCCGCAUACUGAAGGGUCGCCAUAAAUGCCGACAAGGAUUCUCGCCGGACCGACUCAGGGUUAACAUGGGCUUGUAAUUUUAAGCGUUAAAGCACAAUCCUUAUUGUUGACACUACUCUUAUGUUUUAAGCUUCAGUUUCUAACAUGUGCUCCAAGCUUGCUCAAAUCUAUUAUUUUCCUUCUUGUGACCUACAUAUUUUACUACAAGCUUAAGUGUACCCAACUAUGAUACUCGAAUGUUAUAUGAAUACUUAGCCUAGCAUGUUAUAUUAUACAAAAAAAAUGUGCAAGUUGUCUACAUGCCAUGUUUAUGUUACAUCUAAUGUAAACCGCGCUUGUGAAAGUAAUCUCAUGCGCACCAAAAAAAUAAAUGUUAAAAAAAAGGCUCUGUUCGUGUGAUUUGGGAUUAUAUUAUUCGGGAACUGAACAACCACAGGAACCAGAGACCACCCGUGUGCUUGUUAAGCCCAAUUGACACCUUGAGUUCCACUGCAGUGUUCUAAUUGUUCUGCUGGGUGGCCGCAAUUCAUAUAAACGACCACGAGGUGGCGGCCAUCUUGUUCGCAUGUACGCAGGCAGCGGAGUUUGCUCAUCGAGUUCAUGUAACUGAAAUCGGACAUUGAAACUCUCGAACAUCGCUGGACUUCAUCGCUUGCGUUCGGUUCUAUACAACUUAGAAGGGCACUGUUCAGUGGCAUAGUUCCCACGAACAAGGUGAACAAGCUACACAUGUUAACUAUAGAUUCAGUUCGGUAUUUUAUGAACUUUUACACUCCCGAAAGAGACCGACCGUUUGCACUGAUUUCAUGGAUUUUGGGCAUAGGACCAUGUGUGUGGUCCAUCAAAUAAUUGACUUCCAUGGAAAAACUGAACCACUGAACCGAUCUGGGUGAUUUUUGGAUCUGUUGGUCACUCAGAUCGGGGCUAUGGGAGAAUAUAUGUGGGGUUUCUAUGGAUUAUGGGGGUACUUUUGGUAUGUUUAUAAACUGUAUGUUUUGGUUUUUUUUUGUUCCUCAGAGAUUAUUCAAUUAUAUGUUUGCUUCUCAGAUAAUUAUCUCUCAGGCACAAGGGGUUUUUGCAUAAAAGGCUGUGUGUGGUCUCCAAUAAAAUAGUUUACCCCCCAGCAUUCAGUCUCAUCUAAUGUUUGUGGGGGAAAGCUAUACCUGCUAUAAUCACUUGCUAUACUGCUCUUUGGAUUACUAUACCUGCUAUACUCUCUUGGAGGAGAGGUCUUCCCACUGGCAACUGGAUCCAGGUGUUGGUCCAGGGUGGGAAGGGACGGCGAGACCCCAGCCAAGCUGUGGCGGCUAAAGAGACUAUGGUGCUUAUAAUACUUUGUCAGAGUAUUUAUAUCGGCAGACAUUUUGUGCUAUGAUAGAAAUUAAAAGUGUAUAUUCUGAGUCACUCUGAACAGACCAGACUCCAUUUUAUUAUUUUCAAGUUAACAAAAAGACACAAGAUUUCUAUCUGUAAAACUAACCACUUUGCCAGAGCUAAAGGAAUGCAUAGUAUAAACAAACCAAGUGAUAAGGAGAACGGGGGUUGGAUAGACUGUCUAAAAUGCUAAUGGAAUAUAAUCAAUUCUAAACCCAGACAUUUGUGACAGAGGAGAUUAAAUAAUAAAAUUUUACUUUCUAUAUGUAUAAGGUACCAUUGUACGGAAAAGGUUAAACUUAAUUCAUGAUCUGCCAUAUCAGAAAUUAUAGCAGGAAUUGCGGACACUAAGUCUGGACAAAACUUAAAGAAACUGUUUGAACUGACAGCAAAUCUAAAUUAUGGCCACUAUAAAGAUAGGCCAAAAUGACGUCAAAAUAGCCACCAGGAAAAGUUAACUCUUUCCUGGAUAGGUAUGUUUAGUGGGACAAGACUGCCCUCUAUAGACCAAAUACCUAAAUUGCGAUCCCUAGAUAACCACACCUCUAGUGCUUCUAUUGGGUUAUCAACUGAUGACGUACAGAGAGUCUGGCCCUUUAAAAGUUAGGACAAAGGGAAGACAGGGGGAUGCAAAGGUUGAAAGAAGGAAAAAGAGGAGAGAGGAAUUGGAAGUUUGGGGACUCCAACUCAGACAUGCAGAGAAACGCAGGACAACAUCUGAGACUAACACUCUACUCUUAAAACUCUAACACUUAGAAUUUUACUGACUUUCUAACCAACACCACCUUUCACCAUAACUCAUGCACCUACAGACAUCCAAAUAAGUUCCUGAGACUAUCUACCAAUCGGAUGAAAUAUCUACUCAACUGGUAAUUAUACGGUUUUCAUUUAAUUAAUUAAAUUAAUUAAAAUUUACUAAUAGCAUGAUAUAUAUGACUGGAUAAAUCACGGUCAGAUUUCCAUAUUUAAGAAAUCUUAGUUAACUAAAGAAUAUAUAAUUAUAAACAUUCCAUUCUGCAGGUGGAAUUAAGAAUAAUUAUAUAUUGAUGUGAUAUUAUCACAUGUUAGCAUACCGCUGUUUUUAUCCAGGUGUAUUGAUUUGCUCUAAUAUAAGAUAAGAUAUCUUUUUAGGCGAAUUAAAAUCUGCUUAUAUAACAUGGUAGAUUCUCUUAUUGGAUGGUUCCAGGAAAUGACUAAUGAACUGGUUUAAAUGUUAUUUUAUUUAAAAUAACAUAAGAAUAGAUCUUAAUUACCUAGGAGAUCUAGCCAGCAUUGAAAGGGUUAUUCUAACUGUUAGCCAGGGUUUUAUGGCCCUUCGCUGUGAAAAGCUUUCUCUCUGUGAAAGAUACCUCAUAAAUCGUGUAAGACUUGACAGAAAAUGCUGUUUAGCCAUUGAAACGUGUAUAGCCAUUCCUUUGUAUUGCAUAUCAUUUUAUACUGGAUAUUCAUUGAUUAUUGUCACGCAUGUUACAUAUUAUUAUUAUUAUUAAUUAAUUUGUUAUUAUAAAAUAAAAUCUAUUUUUAUAACAACAUUGUGAUAUUAUUUAAAUGAAAUACUUUCCACAUAACACGAUAAACGUUCUUUGGGGUCUGAGAAUUGAAUUAGUGGGCAAUUCUCACUGUUUAUUAUUAUUAUCCCAUAAAUAUCCCCACAACUUGUUGAUACUAGGAAGCAGCGGGGGGGUACCUAGUAUGAGUGCCAGACGGUCUGCCACACUAUCAUUUUAUAUUGUCAGUCCAUAUCGAAUCUUUGUCUUUAUCCUGAAUUCUAUAUAGACAACUAUGAGUAUUGAACUUAAAAUUAAGAACGUUCCGGUGUUCUGUUCAAUUUAAACAUACAAACAAUGUAUAUGUUCAACUUAUUGUUUCCAAAUGUUUAGCAGAUAAUCUCUUCUUUUAUUUGUCAAGUUGACUUCUCAGUUUAAGUUCAAAAUUUUCAUCAAAACUUGAUGAAAGUUUAGACCUGGGGUGUCCAACCUGCCGGCCCAUGCGGCCCAGGACCGCCAGCAGUGUGGCCUGGUUGCAGUCUGGGUAGAGAGGGACUGGAGUGGCCCACCCGGGCAGACAGCUCUAAAAAUUAAAAAAAUGCCAUUCAAGUAAUUUUCUCCUCGGAUUGUGACAGCCUGUGUCAGUCCGAGAGGAUUAAUGAAUGGGGCGCUGGGGGCUGCUGCAGCUGUGUUUAGGGUGCUGGCCGCCAGAGAGAGCAGUGUCAGGCUCCCUUCACAAUUUUCGGCAAUUCCGUGUCCAUGUUCCACCACUGCACACAAGCGCCGCCUCCCACAAAUAAGUCCCACCCACACAUGCAAGCUCUGCCCCCGCACUCAAGCAGGAAGGGAUCAGGAAAUGGCUCCCAGUUUCUUCAGUGCCAGGUAAGCUUCAGCUAAUUUGUCAGUGACUUUGUGUGUGCUUGCUAGUAAGUGUCAGUGAGCUUGUAUGUAUAUAUACACACUACAUAGCACAGUGAUUAAUGUAAUUUUUGUGUGUGAUUUGUCAGUGAUUGUGUGUGGUGUGGGGUCUGUGUAUGUUUGUGAUUGUGUUUGUGUAAGUCAGUGAUUAUGAGUGUGGGUCUGUGAUUGUGUGUGCAUAUCUCUAAUAAUGUGUGGGUCUGAGAUUUUUUGUUUGUAGGUAUGUGAUUGUGCGUAUAGGUCUGUAAUUGUAUGUGUGUGUGGGUCUGUGAUUGUGUGUGCAUGUAUGUGAUUGUGUGUGUGUGGUCUGUGAUUGUGUGUGUGUAUAUCUGUGGUUAUGUGUGCAUAUACAUGUGCAUGUAUUUAGUAGAUAGCUCCUAUAUUUGGUAGCCUUAAAUAUGGUAAUUCCACAUAAGGAUAACAAAUAAGGGAGUUAUCUACUAAACAAAAUUAAUAAAAGGGGUUUUUAUGUUUUAUUAUAUAAAUUAAUUAUAUUAUAGAUUGUAUGUGUGGCCCCAGACAAUUUCUCUGCGCUCAAUGCGGCCCAAGGAAGCAAAAAGGUUGGACACCCAUUUUAAACCAGUGAUGGCUAACCUUGACACCAUAAAUUGUUUCAGGAAUACAUUUCCCAUGAUGCUCAGCUAGCUUUAGUUUAAACCAGUGAUGGCUAACCUUGACACCAUAAAUUGUUUCAGGACUACAUUUCCCAUGAAGCUCAGCUAGCUUUACAUGGUGGUUUAAAUGAAGUUCAGUUACCAAGGUUUUAUUUGAUCACACAAUCCCUUUCUUGUCUUUAAUUAUAACACAGCCAAGAGAGCUAUGUUUGCUUUUAUUGUAUUGGCUUUUCUUUACUGCUUUUAGGAAAGCUGCCAAAAGCACUUUGUGUAUAGAAAUGUGUUUCUAGGGAAUAAUAAAGAAACGCAUCCAUUUGGAAUGUUCACUGUUCUAGAAAUGAUUUUAAAAAGUAAUGUAUAAAUGUGUUGUGUGUUAGUAUAUUACAUAAUGUAUAAUACUGGGCUCCAGUGCUGCUAGCCAGACAUAAUAGCUACUAGCCACUGCAUCAUGUGAUCUCUGUUAAUGAAGAUGGCCAUGGUCCUUAUUUAAUUCAUAAUAUUUUUAGUCUUUGCACAUGAAUGUCUAUGAGGAGGAGAGAGGCACUUACUUAUGAUCUCCUUCUUCUAUAAAUCCAUCGGUGGGCCUUUUGUUGCAGCAUUUAUAGUACUUUAUUUUUAAUUUUUUUUACAUAGCUACAUAGCUUUACCUGCUCUACUGUUAAACGAACACUGUAGGCAUGGUCUUCAUCUCAUUAAAUAGUUAUAGUAUCUGGAAUCUCCAAGUUCCAUAAUUUCAUUUAGUGAAUCCCCAGCAGCUGCUUGGGCUAAUGAGAAAUAUUAGCCUGAGCAGCAAUGGGAAGCUAUGAUUGGCUGAGAGUGUCAGCUGUCUGUUUUAGGCUAUCAGAGCUCCAACUGAUUGCAUAAAGAGUAUGACUACAAGGAAGUGUGUAAUCUCUGCCUUCGCUACACCUCCAGAAGGGGCUGGACUGUGGGUGGCCAGGGAUCCUUAUUUAGCGUGAAACUGCUCAAACCUGAUUUAACACUGAAUGGAGGGACAGUGCCUGGGGAAUCCACACGCUAUAAACAAUUUAAACAAUUCAAAGAGAUGAAAUAGUUAUCGUGACAAAAUUAAAAAAAUGCAUUGAGCUGGCAUAGCAAGGCAUUGUUUUUGUCUCCGCUGAUUGAAGUAUAAAUGUUUGUUCUUGCAAAGAAUUCUGAUUUUAAAAUGGAAUCUUUUUAGUGUCCUUUAAUGCAAUAUUUCAUUUUUUGAAGGUGCAUCCUUGGGUAACCAAACAUGGUGCUGAGCCACUGCCAACAGAGGAUGAAAACUGUACUUUGGUGGAAGUGACUGAAGAAGAGGUGGAGAAUUCAGUCAAGCACAUCCCAAGUUUGGCCACAGUGGUGCGUUCAAACACCAACUAAACUCUACAUUGCCUUGUAUUUACUCACUCUGUACUGUCCAUUUGGCAUAUUUUGUUCAAUAGCAAAACAUGCUAUAGUGGAUUGUUAGGUGGUAAGACACAAAAAUAGGUGGUGGACAUUUUAUUAUUUUCCACCUCUAUGAAGUGCACAAGGUAAACAGCAUGUAGCAUUCUUCUUUAAUUUAGGUCUUAGGAGACUAGCAUUCCCUGAUACGUAUCUACAAUAAGUAUGACUACUGCAGUUAACCAAUCAUUUCGAUUUACCUAUUGCAGUGUUUGUCCGUGGAAUACUUUGUACCAUUAUAUCCCUUGAUCUCCUGUAUUCGGUGUGAAAUUAGCCUUCAACUUAAUUUUCAGUACUAUGCCUUUAUUAUGUUAACCAUGUGAUUUUUAUAUGUUCUUGAUAAAUAUCUUAGGGCAACACAUCUUCUCUAAAACUGCUAUUGGGUUUGCAUUAAUGUUCUCACUCUUACACUACAAAUGUUUCCUUCCUUUCAAAGAAAGGCUUAAACAGGCCUAAUAAGACACUGCAAUACACAUCUUGAGACUAGAUAUUGGACCAAGAGAUUGGCAAUAAUGGAUUUUAUUUUAAGGAGACAAUGUAGGCACCCAGACCACUUCAGCCCAUUGAAGUGGUCUGGGUGCCAACUCCCAUCACCCUUAACCCUGAGCAAGUAAUUAUUGCAAUUAUUCUAAACUGAAAUAAUUACCUGCUAAGGUUAAGUCCUCCACUAGUGGGUGUCUACCAGACAGCCACUAGUGUGACUUCCGUGUUCUUACAUGAAUAAUGCUUUCCUAUGGAGAGAUCCUAAUGCGAGCGUGGCCGUCUCCGCUCAUGUGCAUUAGGUCUUCACCGCCGGAGGCGGGGGAGGAGCAUGGGCGAAGAUGAGCCAGCGCCUCGGGAAGGGGCCUUGACAGAAGGGGAAGCUACAGUGCGGAGAAAACGAGUUAAAUUAUUAAAUAAUUUAGCCAUUGGGGUUUAGUAAAAUACUUCACUACUUCCAUCAUUUUCUCCGACCAUUUUUGAAAGAAUGCAUAUGAUUGGUUGCAAAUGUGAAUUAAUUGCUUAUAGCGUUCCACAUUAGUACAUGGCUAUUAUUCCUUCACAGAUCUUGGUGAAAACAAUGCUCCGAAAGCGUUCUUUUGGGAAUCCGUUUGAGGGGGGUAGGAAAGAGGAACGAUCUUUAUCUUCACCGGGAACCUACUUACGUAAGCAAACUUCUUAUUUCUAUAUAUCAUUUUUUUUAUAUAUAUAUAUAUAUUAUUUAAGAGACCGGUAUCGAUGAUGUUAGAAAAGAUGAAUUUUAGUAAAUAAUUCUUUAACACAACCAGCGCCUGUAGAGGACGAAUGUGAUACCAUUCUUUUUGGACGCUCUGUGAAGUUAAUUGCAUUCAGAAAGGUUGGUGUAAACUUGGGAGGGAAUUGAUUGGUUUUAUUGAGUCUUUUUGCUGCAUGUUAAAUAGGAAAUCUGCCAAUCUGAUUUUGCAAACUUAUAUUAUGUAUGCAUAAUGUGUUCUAGCAUUUUAUAUAAACUGGGCAGGUGGGGAGUUAGUAUAUCAUUUCCAGAUACAGAUGUAUGGGGUUGUAUAUCUGUGUGUAUUUAAAGGGAUUAUGUUGUACAGAAUAUGACAGAGUCUGUUUUUUGGGGGGGGUUGGGGCGGUUUGCAUUUAUUGCUCCUUCUAUAUAUUGUUGUUGUAGUUUAGCAGGCAAAUGCAUAAAGAUUAUUUGACAUAUCUCUGCUACAUACGUGCAUGGAGAGACUUCAAGAUGGCUUUGAGCAGGCAGAUGCCCUCAGAUUACUUGUACAGCAACCUAUAUUGCUUUCCACUAGGUUUAUAAUGGAAAUAUUUGCUGGUGAUUUUUACUGCAAAUGUAUAGAUUGAAAUUGAAUACCUACCUGAUGCUGACCGUGUAAUCAUUGUCCCUUAAAGAUGCAGUAUUUCAUGAUUCUUACCAAUUUCCUCUCAAUUCUAGAAAAAAAAAGUCAGGAAAUAUAAGGCAUACCUCCAGUCAUAGAAGCAAAAGGUAACAAAAGGACAGCUUUUAGAAUGAGCACUCUUACCUAUGCACCUUAUCUAACACAGCUUUGCAUGGUACAUAAACACCAUGUAUUAUUCCAAGCAUUACGAGGCUUGGCACAUUUUACUGAUCUUACUAAUAUUCAGUUUGAUUUAUUAUGUUUACACCAGUGAAGACACACAUUUUUCUUCCCAUUGUGACACACAAUGGGUCCAACUAAUUUUUGCUGUUCUGGUACUGAUGUUAUAUACAGAAUACUACAAACGAAUCAGAUGCCUUUUAAUUUACGCCCAAACUAAUUAAUCCGUCCGGGAUUUACUUGUGGGGUCUUAUUCAAUAGCUCACAAUGUACGUUCAAGCUAAUUGAUCCGUCCGUGAUUUAACUGCCUCCACAGGUAAAUCCCGGAUUAAUUGAUUUGUUUGGGUGUAGGUUAAAAGGAAUUUGAUAUUAUUAUUAAUAUUAUUAUUGCCAUUUAUAUAGCAACAACAGAUUCCAUAGCGCUUUGUACCACCUGAAAAUAAUUUGUGCACAAGUCUACAUACAGGUGAUACUCGAAAAAAUUAGAAUAUUGUGCCAAAGUUCAUUUAUUUCAGUAAUGCAACGUAAAAGGGGAAACUAAUAUAUGAGAUAGACGCAUUACAUGCAAAGCAAAAUAGUUCAAGCCAUGAUUUGUCAUAAGUGCGAUGAUUAUGGCUUACAGAUCAUGAAAACCCCAAAUCCACAAUCUCAGUAAAUUAGAAUAUUGUGAAAAGGUGCAAUAUUCUAGGCUCACAGUGUCCCACUCUAAUUAGCUAAGUAAGCCAUAACACCUGCAAAGGGGUUCUGAGCCUUUAAAUGGUCUCUCAGUCUGUUUCAGUAGGAAUCACAAUCAUGGGGAAGACUGCUGACCUGACAUUUGUGCAGAAAACCAUCAUUGACACCCUCCAUAAGGAGGGAAAGCCUCAAAAGGUAAUUGCGAAGGAAGUUGGAUGUUCCCAAAGUGCUGUAUGAAAGCACAUUAAUAGAAAGUUAUGUGGAAGGGAAAAAGGUGCACAAGCAGCAGGGAUGACCGCAGCCUGGAGAGGAUUGUCAGGAAAAGGCCAUUCAAAAGUGUUGGGGACUUUCACAAGGAGUGGACUGAGGCUGGAGUCAGAGCAUCAAGAGCCACCAUACACAGAUGGAUCCUGGACAUGGGCUUCAGAUGUCAUAUUCCUCUUGUCAAGCCGCUCCUGAACAACAAACAACGUUAGAAGCGUCUUACCUGGGCUAAAGAAAAACAGACCUGGUCUGUUGCUCAGUGGUGCAAUAUCCUCUUUUCUGAUGCGAGCAAUUUUUGAAUCUCAUUUGGAAACCAAGGGCCCAGAGUCUAGAGGAAGAAUGGAGAGGCACACACUGCAAGAUGCUUGAAGUCCAGUGUGAUGUUUCCACAGUCUGUGUUGAUUUGGGGAGCCAUCUCAUCUGCUGGUGUUGGUCCACUGUGCUUCAUUAAUUCCAGGGUCAACGCAGCUGUCUACCAGGAGAUUUUGGAGCACUUCAUGCUUCCUUCCGCAGACAAGCUUUAUGGGGAUGCUCACUUCAUUUUCCAGCAGGACUUGGCACCUGUCCACACUGCCAAAAGCACCAAAGCCUGGUUCAUUGACCGUGGGAAUACUGUGCUUGAUUGGCCAGCAAACUCGACUGACCUCAAUCCCAUAGAGAAUGAAAGAGCUGAAGGCCGCUAUUGAAGCAUCCUGGUCUUCCAUAACACCUCAGCAGUGCUACAGGCUGAUAGCUUUCAUGCCAUGCCGCAUUGAGGCAGUAAUUGCUGCAAAAGGGGCCCAGUCCAAGGACUGAGUCCAUAUGCAUGCUUAUACUUUUCAGAGGUCCGAUAUUGUUCUAUGUACACUCCUUGUUUUAUUGAUUGCAUGUAAUAUUCUAAUUUACUGAGAUUGUGGAUUUGGGGUUUUCAUGAGCUGUAAGCUAUAAUCAUCGCACUUAUGACAAAUCACGGCUUGCACUAUCUUGCUUUGCAUGUAAUGUGUCUAUCUCAUAUAUUAGUUUCCCCUUUUACGUUGCAUUACUGAAAUAAAUUAACUUUUGCACGAUAUUCUAAUUUUUCGAGUAUCACCUGUAACUCUGGGCCCUGGUCCUUACGGAGAGCUGAAAAUAAAUGAAUAAUAAAUUUUAAAAAUAAGACUGGGACCAGGGAUUUAAAAUGUGUUUUUACUGUGUAGUCUCUCUCUCUCUCUCUCUCUCUCUGAUAUAAUAAAUAUUAUAUUUCCACAACUAGUUUAAAGUAUAGAUCUCUCCAGCUUUGUAGCCACUGCUAUAUUGGAAUUGUUUUUGUAAAUGUUAAAGAGAAACAAAACCUUUACCCCUUCCCUUGCGUAAAAUAAAGAAAGCCAUGAAUCAUAUUCAAGCAAUCAAGCAUUUUAUUUAACAGGACAUUUUUAUUGUGAUAUGGUUCUGCUGUUUAUAGUAAUUGCUGGGCUCAGAUCAGAAAAACAAUGAUCUUUCUAAAACCAGUAGUUGAUCGGGUUUAGAACACCUUUAGACCACCUUCUCCUAAUUGGCCAGAUCCAUAGAAACACCGACUGCAUGUGAGUGCUGGCGAAUUAACCCUUUCAGUCCUAGUAGGGUAUAUAAAAACAUGUUGAAAUAAUACAAAACAGAAUAAAAAGGCUCACAUGCAAAAAAGAUGAGUCAAAUCACAUUUGUUUAGAAAUUAAGUAUAUUGCGAAAAAAUCAUUUAGUCCAAAUAGGAGCAUGUGUUGUCAAAGUCUGUCAUGGGAGGGAGAAAAACAUACAUUUCACUGCAAGAGAACUGGCCAGUCAAAGAUGUAUAACAGGAUGACAUUAUGCAGCGAUUCCAGUGUAAAAACAGCAAGUGUUGGGCGGAUGAGUCUACAGCUCUGCUACACUUACCUCUUGAAGACUGAAAAAGUUAGUUUAAAACCUGGGGGGGUUCAUAUUUUUUUUAAACUACUACUUACCUUUAUUAUGUUUUAGUGUGCAAGUGGUCUGUUUUAUCAUUUAAUUACAUUUCACUCGCAGUUUUGUGUGCCGUUAAAUACCACAUAAAUCAGUGUCGAUAUUGUCGAUUUUCCACCUUGAUUAAUUCUUUUAGCUCUUUCAAAAAUACUUAUACAGGGUUAAGUUCCAUUUAAAAUUGGUGAAAGUGAUCAUCAUAGUAACACUCUUACCAGUGGUUCAGCGAGUGUUAAUGCACUACAGACCAGGCCAUCAUCAGGGGACCACAAAAAUGUAGAGCUGAUAAAUCUUUUUUUAUUUUUUUUUUUUUAAGUGUCUUUGCUUGAAAUAGGGGUGGGGGUAUACAGCAUUUCUUUGGCAUUCCUACCGUGAACUGAAUAUUGAACCAGUAUGUUUGGAAGGAAGGUAAUAUGAAGUGUGGUCUUGUCUGUAUGUCAACAGAUGCAGCAGAUUGCAAAGUGAUAAUCUUUAUGACUUUAAUCUCUGCUCUUUCAUACUCUGUUUCCAUCAGUAGUGUUUUUGUUGUGCUUUAUAUACAGGAUACAAGGCAGCGACGAGAGCCUGAGAGAGACCGACUUACAAGAUGUUGGGGAGGACGAGGUUUUGUCCUGAAUGUCAAAGACCCGUUUAUACCGUCUUGAUACAGAAAUUCCUGUCGGAGGAGAGACAUCUGUGUGUAAACACACCAUGACUUCGCUGUGCAUGUUUCUACUGAUCAGUACAGUACUCGAUGAAGACCUUAUGUUGCCGCAUGCGCUAAAGAUCAUUCUGUCUUUCCUUGGGAUGUAAAAUCCGUUGUUAAGUCGUUAAACGUAUUGAUUACUUUGCUACGGGCUCGCUCUUCCAAGGGGACUGCUGGGAACUGGUCCAGAAAAGGUGCUUCUAAUGUGUGUUGAAAAAAAGAAAAACGAUUUGAAGUGGCUUGUAGCAUAUGUCUUAAUGCCAAAUACUACACACAUACUGCUGCACUAAUCUAAAAGUUAUCAGAACGCUAAGUGUUUAACACGUUCACUAGCAGAGGCUUGAAAUCCACUACUCUUGAUAUGUUCCUUGGCAGCACAAUUGUUAAGGGAACGCUGUAGUUUUAUACCGCAAAUAUAUUAUAAUCAAAUAACAUACAGUAUUUUAAAACAUGCUGAAAAUUGUAAGCACUGUAGUUUUACUGGCCAUAUCUCUGCCUUACACUGUAGUAUAUCCUAAGAAAAGUAUCUGCACUUUUGUGAGUGGUGUUGUGCAUCCAGUGCAGAACCAUUCUACUGCUUGUAAAUCCCAUACAAAAGAUCAGUGGGAAAGUUUAGUUGGUUAAUGCUCUGACUAGAGUGUUUAUUGCAACCUAAAGAAUUAAACUGCAAUGCCCAAUUGGGUGAACUCAUCCUUUCAUCUUUCCAAGUUCAAUAAAAUGGGUAACAUUGAGCUGGGUAACUAUCUCCUCUAUAUCGUCUGUUAGUUUGGUUAAUUCCGCUUUGGGGAAAGUACACAAUAUUAUAAUUAUGUGCUACACUUGUGUACAAAGCUCAUUUAGCGACGGCUCCCUUUCUUUCUCUGCUUUGUCAGAUAUCUGGCACUUGGCAAGAUGCCAUUAAAGUGCCCCAUGCAUUCAGACAGUCUUGUAUUUUUUAAUAGAGGAGAACGUGUUGGUGCUUGAGUAUAUGUGCUGUUGUGAAGCCGUUGAUGACCACUUCCCUUUUCUUUCACAUUGCUUGCGACACACUGUAUUACCUAUUCGCAGUGAGGAAUAUUUUAACUCAAGAUCUAUCUCUGAUACAUAUUUAAUAAAUUUGUAUAUAGUGGCGACUUUUUUAAAUACAGAAUGCCAAACACAGGGAGAAAAUGAGAGCAGCGCUACUAGGAUAUGCGGUGUGCACAAAGUGCUACGAUAGUGAUUUAUUUGAAGGACAUGCAAUGGUACAGCAAACGUUUCAGUUAUCGACCCUUCAUCAGUGUGAAUGCCCUCUCAGUGUGAAAGUCAUCUCACCAAAUGAAUAGGCAAAAAGUGCUCAAAACCACCUCCCCUUUGGAAAGUCUACUCCAUGCUUCACCCAAGACCCACUCCAAAUGCAUUCCCUGUGUAGGUACAUAUUCCCUAUUGACCACAAAAAAACUAAAUGCAAUUCCAUCUAAUUGGCAUAUUUUGCAAUGUGAUACACAAUAUGGACAUUUGUUCAUAGAACCACCUUUCUUUGCUACCAAACGGGGCAGGAAUAUCAGAGAUAUGGUAGUAAAAACUGACACGGUUUAUCAGAAGAAACAACUAUUUCUUUCAAAACCUGUGCAUGGUACACAUCCCUGCCUUAAUUGUAGAGACUGCAGUGGUUUCAUCAAAGGGAAACCAUGUACUCUGGACAGAGUUUCACCACUCAGCAGUGGUGGUAAUAGGAACUUUUAUUUUUAAGGGAGGUUAGUGGAUGUGUAGACUGAAUACAGUGUCACCUCAUGGUCUCAAUGAGAAGCUUGGGUGGCACUGGUUCCUGUAAUACACAUCCUCUUUGGUAGCCCUUGGUGCCCACUGCAAGAUGAGUCUGGGUACCCCCUCUUAUUGAAUUAUUCACUUUAUCCUGAUAAUUUUGUACUGUAAAUAUGUUUAUCUUUCUCUCUCUGAGAGCUUGAUAUGUAUACAUUAAUCCAGUGUAUUUAUAUCUAUAACUUAUUGAACACAUAACUUCGGUGUGUUGUAUGCUGUGCAUGCUAUCUCCCAUAUUCACUUGCUUUACUAAGAACUAUGAUGUGUUAAGUACAUUUCCAGACACUCUGCUGCAUUCCUCUCUAUAAUUGUAUAUGAACUGGGCAGUUUCCAGUGGUUGCCUAGCAACACCAGGUCUAAUUUCUUUCACACUUUCAUUUUCAGGUUUUCUCUAAUUAGAUUUAACAGCAUGCCAGCUACUUGUGUAGAUCAUCUUUUUUGCAAAGUAAUCAUUUUUUACCCGUUUUCAGAAUGUUUGAAUGUAUAUUGGUUUUCAUAGCCAUGGCUGAUAUAUGAUGUCACGCUAUCCUGAGAGUACCCAGAACCGGUGGGGAGCAGCAAGACUGCACCGGGAAGCAGGAUGAAGCUCUUCAAUCACCUAUGUCAUGUGAGAGGAGGUGGUUAUGAGCACCUUUUAGUUAUUUAUUUUGCGAGGUGACUUUGUCUUGUAGGGAUGAAGGGUUGGUUGGACCCCAAAACGUUUGCUGUGCCUUUCUAUGUCUUCAAAUAAAUCACUAUUUUAGCACUUUAGCACACAGAUCUCAUUUUUGCCUGUAUUUUGCAUUCUGUAUUACACCCCUGAUCAAGCAACAUGGGCUGGAGUUGACAUCAGCACGGAGGUACCUUUUGUUUAAUAUAUUUUCAGGCUUGUUUAAAACAUAUAUUUUUUACAUAUAACAGUUUAACACAAAUUAUAAAUUCUGUUAGUCCAAUAGAAAAAAGGUAUUACAAGAUACGGAUUUUAACUAUAUGUAUAUACAGUUGCAAGAAAAAGUAUGUGAACCCUUUAGAAUGAUAUGGAUUUCUGCACA